GGCAGAAAAGCGUUGUGCGCUUUUCUGCCGAGAGCGCAGAGGUAAGGUACGUGAUGAUGGACUUUCUCGAGGGCUUUUUUCCCUUCAAAUCGCCACCAGGAGGCGCUGCUGUCGGUUUAAAUGCAGGGAGUUAGAGAUGCUUGUAAACCUGUACGCCGAGGGGAGAAGGGAGACCGAGCAGCCCGGUUCCCGUGUGUGCGCGCGUGUGUGCAUGUAUGUGCGUGUGUGUGAGAGAGCGCGUGGUCUGUGGUGUGUGUUCGGAAGGGAGAACUUGUCCUUUGCAAUCAUCAUGACGACAAUAACGAAGUUCUUGCAGAGAUUGUUGGACGAGGAGGCAGGCUGCAAAGGCGAGGUAAGGAACGGCGCGGCUCAGGAUCGCGCGCCGGCUUGCGCGGCCACGUGCCGCUUGACACCGCCUUCUCCCGCGGCAAGCGCGCCUGUGCGAAAUCCGGGCUCGCCUUGACUGGGAUUCUUGCGUGCGGCCGACGGUUUGGAGAAACAGAGAAGGGGGCGCGCGUCCCAAUCGCUGCAACAAGUUAGGAACCUGGACGGUGCGGACGCGCGUUUCCUCCGGCGGCGCCCCGGUCGGCUUGUUCUUCCAGAAGGUGCCGGGAUCCGCUUGGAGGGGUCAGGCUGGGCUGGGCGCAACAGCCCGGGGCGCUGCUCCUUCCGGAGACUGCACGUGGCAGCGGUCUGGUCGUCGCUACAGCGCCCGAUCCCGGAGCGGAGCCGCAGGCAGGUGGGUCCUCGAUUGCUUCCUUCCACGGUCGCGCUCUCCCUCUCCGUCGAGGGCUGAGCUCUUGCACGCCGGGCUUGGGGCGGGAGCGCUUGCUCCCUGGGAAGCGUGCCUAGGAUGGAUGGAAGCCUGGGGGUCUUUUUCUCUCUUCCUUUCUGCAGGGAGCUCCUGCCCGCCGCCCGCCGCGCACCUCACCCCGUGGCGUCCGGGACAUAACAGCAGCCACGCUGCCGUCGUGGGCCGAGGGGCGGCUCUGCGCUUGGAGAGCUCGGCCACUUUCCACUCGCUGCUCAUCCAGGAAGGAGGUAAGGAGGAGAGGCUUUUGCGCGGGCAGCAGGCUCUUAACCUCGAGGGGAAAAGCUGGCGGUGGGGAGAGAGGUGUUUGUUUGCAGGUGCUCAAGCUGCGCCCGAUCCUGUGCCAUUUAACCUUGGACUCAAUCCCCACGGAACUCCAAGGGGCCAAAUCCCAUGUAGGAAAACCCAUACCAGUUUAAGUUCAGGUGUGUAUUCUCUGACUUCUGUAACUUGAAUAGUGCAGGUGGCACUGUGGGUUAAACCACAGAGUCUAGGACUUGCCGAUCAGAAGGUUGGUGGUUCAAAUCCCCACGACGGGGUGAGCUCCCGUUCUUGGUCCCUGCUCCUGCCAACCUAGCAGUUCGAAAGCACGUCAAAGUGCAAGUAGAUAAAUAGGUACCGCUCCGGUGGGAAGGUAAACGGCAUUUCCGUGCGCUGCUCUGGUUCGCCAGAAGCAGCUUAGUCAUGCUGGCCACAUGACCCGGAAGCUGUACGCCUGCUCCCUCAGCCAGUAAAGCGAGAUGAGCGCCGCAACCCCAGAGUCGGCCACGACUGGACCUAAUGGUCAGGGGUCCCUUUACUUUUACCUUUAAACUUGAAUAGGUGCUGCUGUCUGAUCUCAUGACUAUUUAUUUGCUUGCCUGUAAAAAGCUCUCUGCAUUUGUAUUGACCGAAUGCAUUGAUUACUGCAUCUAAUUGAUUCAUAUUGCAUUUUAUGCACCAGGUGCAAGUAACUUGGAGUUAAAGACAGAGGAAAGAGGCUGAGAAACAGUGAAGUGUAGGGGUCAGAAUGUAAGACUAGGCCCCUUGAGACGAGGUUCAAAAACCCACUCGGUCAUAUUUAAUAAUAAUGUUAUUAUUAUUAUUAUUAUCAUGCCUCUCAACCUAACCUGCCUCACAGGGUUGUUGAGGGGAUUAAAUGAGGAGGGGGGAGAAGCAUGUAUAUUGCAUUAAGUCCCUUGGGGGUGGGGGAAGUGGGACAUCAUUGCAAUAAAACCAGCCAGUCAUUCAUUCAAUCAAACAAUCAAUUCUCAGCUUUCCAGUGACAUAAAUUGAAUGGGGGUUGGGGGUUGGUUGCCCUUUAACAUUCUCCAGUUCUUGUGACCUUGUUAUAUUUGCAAUUUUUUAAAAGGGCAAAAGCAUUGUUCUCCUCUGUUCAGGGCAUAUUUUUGUUCAUGAAGUGUUGACAUUAAUUCCAUCAAUAAGAAUAUCAGAGGAGCCCUGCUGAAUCAGACCAAUGACCUGCUGAGCACAGCAUCCUUUUUCUCCACCCAGUGGCCCUCUGGGUGAGGCUGAGAAACCACAGUGGGCAAUAGUACAAUCACCUCUUGGUUCUAAUGUAGCUCUGUGCAACCUCCAGCAUCAACAUGCAAAGUACCAGCAGCUGGGGAGCGGGAAAAAACUGCCUUUUCCUGCUCCCCAGCUGCUGGUACUUGGAGGCAUUUGGCAUGUUGAUGCUGGAGGUUACGUAGAGCUACAUUAGAACCAAGAGGUGAUUGUACUAUUGCCCAGUGAACCUAAUAUUAGAGUACAGAUUCUACUGUACAGUGGAGGAAUGGCUGUGUUAGUUUGUCACAUCAAACAGCAGAUUGGGGAUGUUUUGUGGCUCAUUAUUGUGAUGUAAGCUGAUACCACAAAUAUAUUUUAGGCUCUUUUGGUGUUGGAAAGUUUUGCACCUGAAUGUGAUUCCUGUGCAAUUAUCUUUCCCCAUCCUCUGUUCUUUGAACAAUACACAUGGGGAUGUUUUAUAGUCUGACCUGCUGCUGCAGUUUAGAACUUACUCCUGAGCUCGAUCCUCCUCUAGUCCUUAUUAUCAUCAAUAUUGCAGAUGUCGGGGUCUGAGACUGAGGGAGUGACUUCCUGGGGGGCCACCUAGUAAAUUGGCAUGGGUGAGAUUCUAACUGGGGACUGGCCAAUCUGUUGCUUAGCCAUUACACCAAGUCUGGAUCUAGACACAUCAAAAAAGUAUUUUAGGAAAACACGCUGUAAAGCGCAAAGCGGGAAAACACGUUGGCAACAGACGGAACUCCACAGCGCCAUCUGGUGUCACCUAAUGCAUAUAAAAUGCCUUUUCUUUACUAAUGUAAGGUAAAGGGACCCCUGACCAUUAGGUCCAGUCGUGACCAGCUCUGGGGUUGCGGCGCUCAUCUCGCUUUAUUGGCCGAGGGAGUCGGCGUACAGCUUCCGGGUCAUGUGGCCAGCAUGACUAAGCCGCUUCUGGUGAACCAGAGCAGUGCACGGAAACGCCGUUUACCUUCCCGCCGGACUGGUACCUAUUUAUCUACUUGCACUUUGACGUGCUUUCGAACUGCUAGGUUGGCAGGAGCAGGGACUGAACAAUGGGAGCUCACCCCAUCACGGGGAUUCCAACCACCAACCUCCUGAUCGGCAAGUCCUAGGCUCUGUGUUUUGACCCACAGCACCACCCCCAUCCCAUUUACUAAUGUAGCUGAGUCCUAAGUGUGGGGAACCUGUGGCUCUCCAGGUGCUAUUGGGCUCCCAUUGGGCUCCCAGUGUGGCCCAAUGGUCAGAGAUGAUGGGAUUUGUAGUCUUGGGAUGUCUGGAAGGUUGUAGAUUCAUCACCUCUGCACUGCAGUAUGCUGCGCCAGAUCACAAAUCUGAGAAAAUUGUUGUCUCUCUCUCUGUGCUUCCCUUCCAGGGAUCUUAGUAUUUGCAGAUGAUCUGGAGGAAGCCAUCACCUUACGAGCUCGCAGCAUCCUUCUUGAGGAUGGCGGGGCACUGUACGUGGGCUCCAAAUGCCGCCCAUACCAUUCCAAGGCCACCAUUUCUCUCUAUGGGAAAGCCACCGACGAAGCCGACGUGGAGGGCUAUGGCAGAAAAUUCAUGGGAGUGGGCAGAGGUGGCAUUCUCGAGUUGCACGGAAGGAAGCCUCGAUCCUGGACGCUUUUGGCCAAAACCUUGUACCCGGGCGGACUUCGGUACGGCCGGUACACUUCUGAGAAGCGCUGGAGUAGUCGUGGCCUCAAUGUCCGGAUAGUGGAUGCGGGCACAGCCCAGGUAGUGGCCGCUGAACGCUUUGACACCCACCUCCUUGUUGACGAGAGCCGCAGAUUGAGGGAAUUCCUUGCCCACCAAUCUCUGGGCCACGUAGUAGCCAUGGCAGUAGGGGAUUCUGCAGCAAAGAGUUUGACCUUGGAGACUCGGCUAUUCCUCAAGAACCUGCUGCACAGCAAAUACGUCCUGCACCUGCAAUACAGGUAACUUUGCAAAUGUGGCUUCUUACUUUCAUGCGUGCAAUUCUGCAAACGUGUAGGGCAUCCUAGUGCCCUGUGCUGUGGGGGCUACACAGAUAUGACCUCCAUAUUCCCCCCCCCCCGGAUUAGAUAAUUAUCGUGCUAUGAUUGUUUGGAUGUGUAUAUCCAAAGAGAUUGUACCCUAAUGUUUUAAUGUUGUAGCUUAAUCUUUUAAAUUGUAUUUUUUAGUCAACUUGUUUUUAUUAUUGGUUGUUAGCCGCCCUGAGCCCGUCUUGGCUGGGGAGGGCGGGGUAUAAAUAAAAAAUUAUUAUUAUUAUUAUUAUUAUUACAGUGGUACCUCAGGUUAAGUACUUAAUUUGUUCCAGAGGUCCGUACUUAACCUGAAACUGUUCUUAACCUGAAGCACCACUUUAGCUAAUGGGGCCUCCUCCUGCUGCCACGCCGCCGGAGCCCUAUUUCUGUUCUCAUCCUGAAGCAAAGUUCUUAACCUGAAGCACUAUUUCUGGGUUAGUGGAGUCUGUAACCUGAAGCGUAUGUAACCUUAGGUGCCACUGUAUUAUUAUUAUUAUUAUUAUAUGCUGUUUGUUUCAGUUGUGCUUGUUUCCUAAGCAUGGCCAGUUAACACUAACUUGGCAACUAGGAUUAGCUGGCUGUUCAUUGUAGUCUUGCUUUAGUGGCGGCGGGGAAACCUCUGGCUCUCCAGAGGAAGCCGAACUACAACUCCCAUCAACUCUGACCAUUGGUAGUGCUUCUUAGGGCUGAUGGGAGUUGUAGUUAAGCAACUUCUGGAAGGCCAAAUGUUCCUCAUCCUGUGUUCAGUGUUGUGCAUGCACGUGGUGGUUUCCAAAGAAGGGGAAAGGGAAGGAAACGAAAAUAACCUGGGUUGUCAUGUUUGCCAGCAAAUGAAACCCUACAAGGUUAAGAAGCAGUGAGGCGACUUUUUUUGAUGGCUCACAAAUCCCGUUUUCUUCCAUAGGCAAUAUGGAUACUUUGGUUUGGUACACAGGGGCUAAAAAAACCCCCACGUUCAGUGUCUGUGGAACUUGCCAGUUGAACUGAAUGGUGUUCUCCCUUAUAUAUUUUUGAUAGUCUUGGCAUUUUGAUCAGAGUGCAAGGAACCAGAAAUUCUAUGGUGUUUAAAACGAGGUUAUAGGGAUAUCUAAGCAUAGGGUGUUCCAGCAAACUCUUUUUAGGUCUAUUAACCUGUAAAAGAGAGAGCAUGCUUGCGCUUGGUGCAUGUAGCAGUGAGCUCCUUCAGAAAAUGGUUCUAUUGGAAAACUUAACAUUGCCACCAUGGACAGCUCCUGGCCCCUUUUCCUAACUGUUGUACUGCUGUCCAAUCUAACAGAGUUAUCCCCUCCCCUUUUGUGCUUGGCAAUUCAUGCAAGAAGUUUUUUUGGCUUCCACAUUCCUCUGAAGGUUUGUCCCCAAAGCAAAUGACAUCAAAGCUGAAAACUUGUGCCCGUAUUUAAAGGAUGCGGCGUGCAGUUUUGAAACUAUCAAAACUCAGAAGCCCCUGUUACCUUUUUGCCGCUGCUGUUGUGUUGUUUUAAGGACAGAGUUUGCCUUCUGCCUGAUAAGCUGGUCCCAUUUUCCCCUUCUGAGAUAACUGGGUGCAAGCUCAGUGGAGACUAUGCCUGUACUCUCGCCGAUCAAGAUGAAUUAUAUUCAGUUCCAGGUUUUGCAUUUUGUGGACUAAGGCCACAGGUUGCCUGCAGAAUAGCUGCUGGGCUCUGUUGGUCUUUGGAGUUACGGUGCUUCGUUGCUUAAUCAGAAUUUCUCAAAGCUAGCUGCAGGUCCGUCACGGCAGCGUGAGUUAGCUACCUCCACUGUUAAGCUAAACUUUAGAGGAUUUCUUCUGGUGUCCCACUUCCCUGGAAGCGGGUGGUUUUCCGAGAGAGCGUCGUCUAUUUUGAUUGCAAAUUUUUGGAGCAGGACUUGGCCUUCAGAUGAUGCUGGACACUGAAUAUCUGAAUGAAUUUGAGGUUCAGAUGUGAACAGGGUGUUCCAUUUCUGCAUCACAAGUCUGCUUCCCCCCCCUCCAGGCAGCCCUGGGUUCUGGUUGGGAUUCUUGGCGGUGAUGCAUCUUCCAUCACAGAGGAUGCAACGCCUUCUCAACGCAACGGGACAACAAGGCUGGCAACAGCGACAAGAGAAUUUAAGACAUACGAAGGCAUUGUCUUUACAAUCGCUGCUCACAGCGGAUGGAUCAAAGGUUUUUAAACCCUUUUCUAAUCUCUUGUUCAAGUGGUGUUUAUCUUCUUUCUGUCCCCUCCCUAUGUCUUUUGAGCUGUUGCCCAGUUUAUAGAAAUCUCUAGUCUAUCUGAUUGAUUAAAUUUGCGUAUGAGUAAACCAAUAAGGCUGAACCAAAAUCCACACUCCUGUUUUUAGAUCUUUAACUGUUUUUUUUUUUAAAAGAGCCUUUGAUAGAUUACAAACCAGUUUAUUGAUUAAACCCUGCUGUUCUAGCUUUUUACCUCUGAAAGCCAGACAAGGUCAUAGGCUGGGGCAAUCAAUUGAUGAUCUAUUAUUUGGCUGUAGUCAAAUAUUCCAUGAGGCUAAAAAUAUCCUUGUUUUGUGCAUGGUAUUUUUACAGUGAAGUGUAUGUCAAAAGAAAGUAUGAAGGCUGCUUGCUUUUCCCAAUCAUGUGUUAGUUAAGAACUGGUGUUCUCUCUCUCUCUCUCUCUCUCUCUCUCUCUCUCUCUCUCUCUCUUACACACACACACACACACACACACACACACUCUUCUUUCAUCCAGGAGCAAGCUUCCUUUAAUUUUCUCUAUUAUUCAUUUUAUUGUUUCUUUAUUUUGUACAUUUCUACCCCAAGUUGCUCAAAGCCAGAGUUAUUUCCACAGUAACUCUGUGAGUUAGAAACAAAAUAAUAAAAAAUAAAUUCCUUCCAGUAGCACCUUAGAGACCAACUAAGUUUGUUAUUAGUAUGAGCUUUCGUGCUCAUGCACACUUCUUCAGAUACGAAAGCUCAUACCAAUAACAAACUUAGUUGGUCUCUAAGGUGCUACUGGAAGGAUUUGUUUUUUAUUUUGUUUCGACUACGGCAGAUCAACACGGCUACCUACCUGUAACUAGAUCUGUGAGUUAGGUUUUGCAGAGUGUGUGUGACUGGCAAAGGUGACCCACUGAACUUGACGGCUGAGCAGGGUCUCUCCAGCCCUAAUGGGACACACUGUCCUCUAUAUUGCACUGGCUUCCAUUAGCACUGGACCAUUCAGAUAUGGCUUUGAUCUUUCAUAGCAGGUAUCUUCAACCUUUUCAGACCUGGGACCCUCUUUUAACCCAAACAUGCAUUUGGGGAUCUUUUUCUCAAACUUUUACCGUGUAUAUAUGCAUGGUGGUAGCACACCUGUGAUACCUAUUUUGGAUCAGGCCACGACCCCUUAGUGGAUCCUAACUCACCAGUUGAAGAUCAGUGUCUUCUACCACUACACUCACCGGAGACACUCGUUUCUCUGGGGAACGAGAACUGUUUGAUCUCUUGAAUGUCGAAACUCUGCUCGUUAUGCUAGUUAACAGAUUUUUCUGUUCUUUCAUUGAAGUAUUCAGUGUUAUCUGCUGUCAAAAUUCUUGUUGAUAACAGUUCAGCUGGGUUUCUCCCUUCCUCCACCCCUUAGUAACUUUCCUCGUUACAAAAUUAACACUUUAUGUCCCGGGUCUGCAAUUCGGCUUUUUUCUUUUGAGGAUAUAAACAGCCUUCACCAGCCCAGCAACUUUCAGAUGUUUUAGACUCUGAUAGGAGUUUGUAGUCCAAAUAUCAAGAGGGGAUCAGGCUGCAAAGUUUGAUAUAUAUGUAAAGGAUAGAAGGUCAGUGCCUCAACCCCAUUCUCUUAUAGAGUCCACUUCCUACAUAGCCAAGGUGCCGUGCUUGGGUGAGGACACAGAUUUUAAUCAUAUUUCAUUUACAUCCUGCCUCUUCUCCCUGCUGGAGCUCAAAUCACCAAAUGUUGAGCCUUCCGUCCUGGAGCUACAAUUACCCAGACCAGCUUCCUGGUUGGAGCUAAGCAGAAUUGGGGGCCAGUCCUGCCUUUAAGCAGAGUGAAGCCAAUGAAUUUGGAUGCCAUGAAAGAGCAGCGAAUGUUAAUUUAUUUUAUUUUUUACUGCCAGGGAAGGAGGUGAAGAGGUGCUGCUGGGUUUUUCCAGCUGCUGACCUCUGCUUCAAAUAUUAGGCCCCUUUGGGGUACGUGUAUAGCAUUUGAUCUGUCAAUUCACUGGCUAGUUUUGACUGCUCAAAUGGCUCUCUCCAAUGCAGGAAUGGCAAAAGGAAGCAGCAUAGGGAACUGUUCUACUCAGGGCCAGAUUUUAUGUCCAUCUAUCCCAAUAUUGGGGACGCGGGUGGCGCUGUGGGUUAAACCACAGAGCCUAGGACUUGCUGAUCAGAAGGUCAGCGGUUUGAAUCCCCGCAACAGGGUGAGCGGUACAUAGGAAACGCUCCGACGGGAAGGUAAAUGGCAUUUCUGUGCGCUGCUCUGGUUCACCAGAAGCAGCUUAGUCACGCUGGCCACAUGACCCAGAAGCUGUACACCAGCUCCCUCGGCCAAUAAAGCGAGAUGAGCGCCGCAACCCCAGAGUCGGUCACGACUGGACCUAAUGGUCAGGGGUUCCUUUACCUUUACCUUUUUAUCACAAUAUUGCCAGCGUCUAUCCCCUGCUCCACUUGCUAACUGAUGCUGGUAACUGGACAUGCCAGGGGUUGAAUCUGGCCAGGGCCGCAGCUCAGUUUCAGAGCAUUUGUUUUACAUGCAGAGGGUCUAGAUAAAAUCCCCGACAUCUCCCAGGUAGGGUUGUGAAUGCCAGUCAGUUGUAGAUGAUACAGAGCUGGAGGGCCCAAUGGUCUGACUCUGUAUAAGAUAGCUUCCUGUUUGCCAGGCAUAUGCUUUACCACUGACCUCUUGCCCUUCCCCAAGCAGAGAAUGGGGACAGUAGGAAUGCGACUGAGAUGGUUGAGGUUGGCGUUUGCUGAAGUGGGACUUGAGAUGAGGUAGACCUGACCCAAUAGAUUGCUGCUGGUGAGUGAAGAGCUGCAAAAGCAAAUGUUAUUGAUCACUUCCCCCCUUUCUAGGAGUACCCCAUCAUGGAUUCAAAGUGGAAGUGUCUAACGGCGUAAUUUUGGAUUUGGUGGAUGAAGUAACCAGUUGGUUCCCCGGAGACAAGGUCGUCAUUGCCAGCACGGACUAUUCCAUGCACCAGGCUGAAGAGUUUAAUCUUCUGCCUUGUCCUGAAUGUCAGACGAACCAAGUGAAGAUUGAUGGUACGACCAACAAUGCUUCCUUAAGGUCUCCUUUGGCGACAGAGCUCCUUAGUUUAUGUUAUGAAUGAAGGCAGCCAAUUGAUCAAAGAGCUAAAAAUGGAAACAGUUUUCAAGUAAUGAGGAAUGGUAGCAUGGAGAGUUCAUGAACAGCAGGUGCAACCAUUUGACUCUUCAGUGUAAACAGUGAGCUAGAGCCAGGGCUUCCCUAACUGUGGUCCGUGAACCACUCAUGGUCCGGGAGCUCUGUUCAGAUAGUUUGAGAGAUGUCCUCAGUAAAUAUUCAUACUAAUUUUUAAACGUAUUUUCACUGCUUUUCUUUGUAAUAUUGUAUUUUAUUGUAUAACAGCUGAAUUGAGCUAGGGAAAGUGGGCUAAGCUGGAUAUGGGGAAUUAUUCAAUUUGUUCUCCUUUUGGUAGAGCGUUAAGACUCUUAAUCUUGGGGUCUUGAGUUUGAGCACCACGUAAGGAAAGGUAACAACAGGAAGAAUUAAAGGAACUAUUGGAAACUCACGGCAGUAGAGAUAUAAGAUGAUCAGAGCCCCACCGAACUUGAAGCAUGGGAAGCCCCAAUAAAAAUUUAUAAUUUGGCAGAAUAUUUAUACUAUAUGAAAUGUAUUUUUAUAAUUUGGAAUAUUUAAUGUGAUUUGAUUGAACUGUUAAAAUGGAAAAUUUAAUAAAAAUUAUUUUUUUAAAAAAGAGUUUGUUGGGCAAAAGAUUCCUGCUUUUCAGGGGUCAAACUGGAUGACCCUCGUGGUCCCUUCCAACUGUACAGUUCUAUGAUUCUUUUACUAGGGUCAUAAGAAGCUCCUUUAAGCAGAGUCAGAUCAUUGAUCCAUUAUCUCGGUGUUGUCUACAUGGAUUGGCAGUGGCUCUCCAGGGUUCAAAAUUGGGAUAUUUGUAGCCCUAUCUGGAGGUGCUCAGGUUUGAACCUGGGUCCAUCUGUGGGCAAUGGAGAUGCUCUACUUGUAAUGGCUUGAGAAAGCACAGUUCAUAUACUGUAGCCUUCAAAUGAAUUUCCCUCACUCUUCCACCCUAAGGGAUGGUCUUUAUCCCUUUAUCAGUUUCCUGCUCUCAUUUGCUAUUGAUCAAUAUUGCAAGGCUCAGUGGGUUGGGAUAGGGCAUGAGGAAGACCCUUUCAAGCUUCUUACAAUUAUUUUGCCAGGAAGUCCCCUCUAUCUCCACAUGGGUGAGAUUGUGGAUGGAGUAGACAUGAGGGCAGAGGUUGGCCUCUUAACUCGAAAUAUACUUAUCCAAGGAGAAAUGGAGGACUCUUGUUACGGACCAAACCACUGCCAGUUUUUCAGCUUUGAUACUUUUGGAGGACAAAUUAAAGUAAGUGUGUUUUUGGUGGACAUUGACCAAACCCAGCCCAGAUACUUAGUGGCCUGAAUUUCCCAGCCCUAAAAAGACAGUCUUGCUUAACGUUGCUUGUAUUAAUGAAAACAGUAUUGUAGUAUUGUAGGUCUAGUCCUCUAUGUACUUAGGCACCUCCAUAUUCCAAAACAAGAGUAGAAACUUAAUAUCCUCUUGCUCACCACACCUCUGGCUACUGUUCAUUUCCCUGUCAACAAAUGCUGUACCACUUGCUGGUCCUGAUAAUCAGUUUGUGCUUCUUCUUUCUGCCACAGACUCUUUCCUUAUGUGUUCUUGUUUGUCUGAAUAGAUCCAAAAAGGUUUUACCUCUGUCCACAUGUCGGGGGUGGAGUUGAAGAACAUGGGCCAGCAGGUCUUAGGCAGCUAUCCAGUACAUUUCCAUCUGACAGGAGAUGUAGAUGAGAGAGGAGGCUACAACCCACCAUCUUACCUUGACAAUCUGGCCAUCCAUCACUGCUUCUCGAGAUGUGUCGCCAUCCAUGGAGCCAAUGGCCUUUGGGUAGGCAGCUGUUUUCUUGUUUCCUGAUUAUAGUAACUCACAUGUCCACUUGCAUUCAGUUCUGUUACAGUGUUUGGGUACCCCUAAGUUAACGGCAGUUAGCAGUAUGCUUGUUGCAGUGCUGGAAUGUUUUGCUCUAGGGGAGGCAUGGCCAAACUUGGCCCUCCAGAUGUUUUGGGACUACAAUUCCCAUCAUCCCUGACUACUGGUCCUGUUAGCUAGGGAUGAUGGGAGUUGUAGUCCCAAAACAUCUGGAGGGCCAAGUUUGGCCAUGCCUGCACUAGGGGAAUGUUGUUGUGCAAGAGAAUGCAUAAACAGGUUGCUGGGAAUGUUGUUGUAUGAUAGAUUGGGCAAUCCAAUGAGUUUCCGCUAGACCAGGGAUGUCCAACGUCCGAGAGACUGAUCUACUCCCACUAAAAAAAACACUGGCAGUGAUCUACCCAUUGUAUUGACCAGAGUUGUUGGGCUUUUUUUAAGGAGCCAGGGGGGUAGGGGUUUCACGAUCAACCACAAUUGACCAGGGGCAUCUCACAAUCGACCGGUAGAUCGCGAUCGACUUGUUGGACAACCCUGCGCUGCUAGACCAACCAUGGUGUUGAAGUCCUCCCUUGCACAAUGUGAAAUUUAAUCGUGUUAAAAGAAUAUAAUGUCGUAUUUGAAAAUGGCACAUGUUGCAGCAUGUAUUCUGUGUGGAAAGUUGAAGGUCAAAAUGCAGAAAGAUAAAUGGAGAAGUCUAAAUAAGCAUAAUUCUGUAUUGCAUAUUUGGAAGGUCUUGGAAAUAUGAUAUAAUACAUGGACCACAUUGGUGAAGCUGAAGGGUCUUGUUGUCUCAGCAGCCCAGGUCCUCCACAGACACUGCCCACGCUUGCGCCCCAGGGAGGUCACUUUGGUGCUUGCUAACACAGCGGUUUGACCACCCCUAGAGGCGCACUCCAUUGUCUCUCUCUCUCCAGAGAUGGAUGCCAAUAGCAUAGCUAAGUCUGCUGUUUCUAUCCAUCUCAGUUUUUAGCGAUGAGAUGAUUUGGGAUGGCUCCAAAUAGCUAACUUAUAUAUAGCUCUGCAACACAAUAAAUGACCUUUGUGCUCUCCAACAAUGCGUGUUGAUGGCUAUUUCAUGACGUUCAAUCAUGGUUAGGUUUUGGCACCCAACCUAUCACGCAACAUGAGGCAGGAGGAACCUGGCCAAAAUGUUUCUCAGACUGUAUCACCCAGGCUCACAGCCACAAGUGUGUGAUUGUGUGUGUGUGUAGCGUCAAAGAGUAUGUAGCAGGAGGGAUCGUAAGGCAAUGCUAAGCAAAACCUUAAUCCAAGUAGUCCCAUAUGUUUAAAGGUGUGUGUUUCGGGUUAAACCUAAAAUGUAAAAAAACACCCCAAAAGUCAAGUGCUUCUCCUUCAGUGUGACUUGAUGCAGAUUUUGCAUUCCUGUCUUUGAGAGCAAUCAGACUGGUGUGUGCAAGGAGUAGGACCUUUUUUGGGGUUCCUUGGCCCCAUGCUCAAGGAAUUGUUCCAGCUGAAACGCUUAGCAUCUUAUCAUGGUGCGCGUUCAAGGAGGCUGUAAAAAUUGAUCUUUUUUUUUAACAACUCCCUUCUCUUGAAUGAGGAUCCUUCACCUUUAAAGAAGAUUGGAAAAUGUUUGUUGAAUAUAUGGGGGGGAAUUGUGUAUACUUGAAAACGUUGGCAGCAUUAAGAUAGAUUCAACAGCAAAAACAAGUUUUGAUGGAUGAAAUAAUGGAAUACUGAAUGGUUUAGUUUAUGAUAUGUAAAAUGAACCAUGGAAAGAGAAGAAGGGAGGUCAUUGACGUUGUAAGAGUAUUUAAAUGGAUAUUCUAAAUUGUAAAACAGAAGAUUCAAUAAAAAAUGUGUGUGUGUGUGUUAUAUACCGUAUUUUUCGCUCUAUAAGACGCACCAGACCACAAGACGCACCUAGUUUUUGGAGGAGGAAAACAAGAAAAAAAAAUAUUCUGAAUCUCAGAAGCCAGAACAGCAAGAGGGAUCGCUGUGCAGUGAAAGCAGCAAUCCCUCUUGCUGUUCUGGCUUCUGGAAUAGCUGCGCAGCCUGCAUUCACUCCAUAAGAUGCACACACAUUUCCCCUUACUUUUUAGGAGGGAAAAAGUGAGUCUUAUAGAGCAAAAAAUACGGUAUAUAUAAAUGUUUGCAGAAACCCCCUCCCAAAGAAGAGAGUGAGUUGUGGCCCAGCAACAUCUGUAGAACACUACAUUGGCUGUCUCCACACACAGGCUCAUGGGUGCCAGGGGCGUUCUGAUGGGGGGUGGGGGGCGGCCCUCUUCUGGUGCCAUUCCAAAGGGGGGGGGGACAAAAUGCCAAUCCCCGAUCGGCGGCAUCUCAUGGGCUUGCGCCGCUCACUGCGCACCCCCCCGGGAUGUGCGCCCUACCGCGUGGGCAGCACGCCACGCUCCCAGGAUGCGUGCCACACCCCCAGGACACGCACCAUACCCCCUGCAGGCAGCACACCAUGCCCCCUGGGAUGCAUGCCACGCCCUCUGGGACGAGCGCUACUCCGGGUACCGGAGCAGGUUGCUUCACCUCCGAUGAGUGCAGCCUAUUUUUAACAAUUGUCCCUCCUUCUUUUGAUGUGGGUGGCUUCUUUAGGUGAAAGAUACCAUCGGCUAUGACACUCUGGGACACUGUUUUUUCCUGGAGGACGGGACAGAGCAGCGGAAUACGUUUCACCACAACCUGGCUCUCCUUACCAAAGCAGGCACAAUCUUGCCGACUGACCGCAACGAGGCAAUGUGCCUCGCGAUGCGAGAUCAUGUGCAUGGAGGGUAUGUUCCUGUCCCGAGCACCGACUGCAUGUAAGUAAAACUCCAGCUUUAUGUCUCCAUAGAAUGCAUGGAACAGUUCUGGUUUUUUUCCUAAUAUAAACAAGGUGCUGGGUAAAGGAUCAAGCAAUUGAUUUGUACAACCUGGUAGCUCACUUGAGGGUUUUACAGUCAUACCUUGGGAUAAAUACGCUUCAGGAUAAGUAUUUUCGGGUUGCGCUCCAUGGCGACCUGGAAGUAAUGGAGCGUGUUACUUCUGGGUUUCGCUGCUCGCGCAUGUGCAGACUGUCAAAACGCGCAUGUGCAGACUGUCAAAACGCGCAUGUGCAGAAGCGGCGAAACGCGACCUGUGCAUGCACAGAUGCGCAGCCAAGACAAUAUAACACCUGUCCUGAAAGAACUACAAUGGCUCCCAGUACGUUUCCGAGCACAAUUCAAAGUGUUGCUGUUGACCUUUAAAGCCCUAAAUGGCCUCGGUCCAGUAUACCUGAAGGAGCGUUUCCACCUCCAUCGUUCUGCCUGGACACUGAGGUCCAGCGCUGAGGGCCUUCUGGCGGUUCCCUCACUGUGAGAAGCCAACCUACAGGCAGAGGGUGUUCUCGGUAGUGGCACCCGCCCUGUGGAACGCCCUCCCACUAGAUGUCAAAGAGAAAAAUAACUACCAAACUUUUAGAAGACAUCUGAAGGCAGCCCUGUUUAGGGAAGCUUUUAAUGUUUAAUAGGUUAUUGUAUUUUGGUGUUUUAUUGGAAGCCGCCCAGAGUGGCUGGGGAAACCCAGCCAGAUGGGCGGGGUAUAAAUAAAUUAUUAUUAUUAUUAUUAUUAUUAUUAUUAUUAUUAUUAUUAUUUUAUUAUGCACUGUUCAGAAUGCGAACGGGGCUCUGGAACGGAUCCCGUUCGCAUCCCGAGGUACCACUGUAUUUCAUCCACACACCUGUCCCAUAAAGAGGCAGCGUUUGGAUUUUGGGGCAUGCAAAUGCUGUGUGUGUAAGAGGAUUCCUCAAGAACCCUUUCACCAAGACGCAGGGCCACAUGGAUCUUGCAGUGCUCACAGUGUUCGCUUGCAAAAUCGUUUGCAGAAGAAAUAAUAGAAUCAUGGAGGUGGAAGGGACCAGGAGAGUACAGUGCAAGAAUCUGUUUCCUAUUGCGAGGCUCGAGCCACGACCUUAAGAUUAAGAGUCUCAUAGUCUGCCGACCGAGCCAGUAUGCAAAAAUGGCAUAUGUUGGGCAACAUGCAUGCACUAAAAAAAGUUGCAGAUUGGGAGCACUGACUUUAAUACUGGAAAAAUGGAAUGGGAAGAACUGAAGAAAUCUCAGCGCCCUUCCCGGAAAUAAUUCUGCUCCUGACAACCCCAAUCACUGUUUUUAUCUCAGUAAUAUAAUUAGGGACAGAGUCAUUUUGUUGUUAGGGUUAAACCUUUAGGAGUCAAGAAUCUGUGCCGAUUUGCUAUAAACCACCCAGCAGGUCUACCUUCUGGCACUCCUCUAAUGACACAUGUCACUUGAGUUUAAUGUUUAACCGUUGAUUGCAUUUUACACUGUCUGCAUGUGAGGCAGUGGCACAGCCGGGAUGGAGAAGUCAUGCAGACAUACUGGUACGAUAUAUCUAUAGCUGGACUUUUGAUAAGAUAGCACUCUCGAGUGCUCUUCCUCCUACGGAAGUUUUCCUGGAGAAACUCGUCAGAUUGGUGGUGAUGACUAAGGAGAUUGCUUUGUCGCAGAUGUUAUGGGCAGUCGGCUAGGUUUUGAGCCUGUUCUGCCAGCUGAGAUCAUGUCUUUAUUCAGCAGAGCGAUCUGGGAAUGAGAAAGUUUGAAUAAUUAGAGACUGCGCUGUGGGUUAAACCACAGAGCCUAGGACUUGCUGAUCAGAAGGUUGGUGGUUCGAAUCCCCGUGACGGGGUGAGCUCCCAUUGUUCAGUCCCAGCUCCUGCCCACCUAGCAGUUCAAAAGCACGUCAAAGUGCAAGUAGAUAAAUAGGUACCUUUCCGGCGGCAAGGUAAACGGCAUUUCCGUGCGCUGCUCUGGUUCGCCAGAAGCGGCUUAGUCAUGCUGGCCACAUGACCCGGAAGCUGUCUGUGGACAAACGCCAGCUCCCUCAGCCCAUAGAGCGAGAUGAGCGCCGCAACCCCGGAGUCGGCCAUGACUGGACCUAAUGGUCAGAGGUCCCUUUACCUUUUACCUAGGUAGCUAGUGCUCAAUAGCAGGUGAUGCCGAAAUCAGGAUCCAUUCUUGGGGGAUGCAUAUAAUUUCUGGGGCAAAUCUCUUUGUUUUCCCCUGCUAGCAUUAAUGAUUCAAUUAGAACAGCCUUGUUCUGAAGGAACAUCUGCAGAUGGUUCCAGGUUUAAUCCCCAGCGACGCCAGCUAGGACUCCAUGCCUGAAACCCUGGAAUGCAGCUUCUACUCAGAGUCAGCACAACUAAGGUAGAUGGACGCAGUGGUCUGCCUUAGGCUGUGUACACACCCUGCAUUUGAAGCACAUGACUUUCCCCCAAAGAACUCUGGGAAUCCUGUUUCUCCUGUGGAGCCGAGCUUUUCCGCUAACGAUUUCUUAGCUGUAAUUUACAGCUCGGUCCGUAAUGAGCUUCUGUGACUUGCCUGACAUCACUUAACGCCUUGAACUUCUCAUAAAGAAUGUCAUUUAUAGGACUUUGCAGACUUUUAAGGAUUCAUGGCAGUAUUGUGGCCAAGCGCCAGCCACUGCGGUGCUAUAACAUUUUUUAUUUCUUCCUGUUCAGUGACUUAAAAUAAAUCUCUGUGUUUCCCUCUCCCCAGGGCUGUCAGCUCCUUCUGGAUUGCUAACCCAAAUAAUAAUCUCAUAGAGAAUGCAGCUGCAGGUGCUCAGGUAAGGCAGAUAAAGGCUGCGUGCUUGCUUGUCUCCAGUCCUGAAACUUAAAUCUUGUUCUUUAAACAGGAUCCCUUUGGCCCUCCAUGGAAUUCUGGGUAUUGUGAGUUUUUUUGCGAGGGUUCUGAGAGCUUCCUACAGGCCUGUUGCCAGACAUGGGGUUGUAUCCAGUACUCAUAACAGACUCAUUGAAAGUAAUGGAUAUGGCUAACUUAGGUCUAUUAAUUUCAAUGGGUCUACUCUGCAUAGGACUUAUAUUGGACACAGCCCAUUGUCGGGAAUAUAAUAUAAUGCCCUUGCCCCCUGCCAGUGUAAGGUAAAGGUAAAGGGACCCCUGACCAUUAGGUCCAGUCAUGAUCGACUCUGGGGUUGCGACACUCAUCUCGCUUUAUUGGCCGAGGGAACCGGCGUUUGUCCACAGACAGCUUCCGGGUCUUGUGGCCAGCAUGACUAAGCUGCUUCUGGUGAACCAGAGCAGCGCACAGAAACACCGUUUACCUCCCCGCUGGAGCAGUACCUAUUUAUCUACUUGCACUUUUGUGCUUUUGAACUGCUAGGUUGGCAGGAGCAGGGACCGAGCAACGGGAGCUCACCCCGUCGCGGGGAUUUGAACCGCCGACCUUCUGAUCGGCAAGUCCUAGGCUCUGUGGUUUAACCCACAGCGCCACCCGCAUCCCUAGCCAGUGUAAGCUAGCAAGCAAAGUUUAAUUCAGUAACGUUUGCUCACUCUGGAGAUUCUUACGCAUCUUCUCCCCGCCCCCAUUCUCCAGGACGUUGGAAUAUGGUAUAUCUUCCACCGGGUUCCUACUGGACAGUCUGAAGGACAGUAUCCAGCCGGGCAGUCUGAACUGACUCCUCUGGGGACGUUUCACAACAACCGAGUCCACUCCAACUUCAAGGCAUGUUGCAAAUUUCUGUAAAUACCAGGGCAAGGAUGGUGAACUAAGGCCAAGAUUCCAUUGUGGGCGACCUUCCAGGGACCGCGUGCCUUGAUAUGAACAUGGUCACAAGGGGAUGUGGGUUUUAUCUUUGUCUAGCUCAGGAUUUCCCAAACUUGGGUCUCUGGCUGUUUUUGGACUACAACUCCCACCAUCCCUAGCUAGCAGGACCAGCGGUCAGGGAUGAUGGGAAUUGUAGUCCCAAAACAGCUGGAGACCCAAACCCUGGUGUAGCUGGUGCUUCUGCCUCUCUUUUCCUUGAGUCAACUGUCUUCCCUUCUUCAUUCCCUGCCUUUUUUAAAGGAUCCUCUCAGAUGUUGCUUUGGACUACAGCUCCCAUCAUCUCUGCCCAUUGGCCAUGUCUGCUAGGGCUUAUGGGAGCUGUAGUCCAGCAACAGUUAGAGGUCCACUGGUUUUUCCAUCCCUGCUCUAGGAUUUGAGCAGUCAGUGGUAGGCUCAGAGGCAGUUUUCUGCCUGCUCUGACCUCUUCGCUGGCAUGGGCUAUAGCCUCAUCCCUGUUGGAUUUUCUGAAAUAGGGGGUGAACUGGAACACAGCCUGUCUUCGCAAUUUGCAAUUUUCUAAAUCUUGCAGUGUGUUUUGUACAACCAAGCUGUGUGCACAAAAAUGCAUAUAUAGUACCAGAACAUGCAUAAUUCUGCGUAUAUUGGUGAAGCUAAUAUUCAAAAAUGCUCUUUAUUAGGGGAAAUGGCUUGCAAAUUUGUCCAAACACCACACAAAAUUGUUCAUGUUGUGAGAAAUUGGAAUUGAAACGUUGGAGAACUUUAGUAAGGAUUUUCUUUUUAAUUAAAAAUCACAAAUUGCUGCAGAAAUGUGGAGGCCUGAAUUUAAGAUAAAUGAAAAAUGAGGUAGGCCAAAGAUUGAGAAAUUCAUUUAUCCCUACUCCCUAGGUGUGCAGAAGUAUAUGAAAGGUUUUGUAAGCAAAAAUAACACUUAAGCUUCUGGAACUUUCAGAAUGUUAAUGGGACUCCAACUCCCAUCAGCCCCAGUCAGCAUGGGCAGCAGUCAAGGAUGAUGGGAGUUGAAGUCCAACAACAUUUGGAGGGCCACAGGUUCUAGCAUGCCCAUUGCUUUUUGUGCCAAUACCUGCCUAUGUUUUAUAUCUCCGCUCCCUUAGCAAAACGCUCCAGUCCUUCCUUACCAAGUAUGGUACACUUUGCUUGUUCAAAAAUAAUUGAACUCAGAUGGUGAACGUUUGUGUGAGUGUGUAUAAAAUAAUUUUCCAGGCUGGCUUGUUUAUUGGGAAAGGAGUCAAGACGACGAAAGCCAGUGCUGAAAAUCCUCGAGAAUAUCUGACAGUGGAUAACGCCAGGUGUGUAAACAAAAUGUCAUGCUGCCCUUUGCGGUGCGUUGAGUUUAAUUUUAUUGCUUUAGGGGGAUUUCCAGUCCUUUCGGUGCUUCUGUCUCCGUGUUUUGGGGUGGGCACUCACGUCUACUAAUUAGUAAAAUGUUUGAAAUCUGAGGGGAUGUGCAAGCCAGUGUUGCGUUGUGGUUAAGAGUGUCAGGUUAUGCCUCGGAAAGCUUUGGUUCAAAUCUCCACUCCAGCCACAAAACGCUCACUGGGCAACUUUGGGACAAUCCCUGUUUCCUCUGCCUUUUCUACCUCACAGGGUUGUUGUGAUGAUAAAAUUGGUGAGGUGUGUGUCAGCUCCUUAGAGACAGAUGGGAUGGGGCAGGGGAAAAACUCUGCAAAUGGCUUGCGUGUUGUAAUGGUCUGUCUGGUGUGCAGUAAGGAAGUGUGUAUCCCAUUGUGGUGGGGUUGAACCUGCUUCUAAAACCCUCCCCCCCUUGACAAUAAACACUGCUCCUAUUGGAUUGGUUUAGCAAUCAGUCCCUCUUCCCAGGGAACUCUGGGAGGGGGAAUAGAGGUCUCCUAGCAACUCUCAGACCCUUAACAAACUACAGCUCCCAUAAUUCUCUGGGGGAAGCCAUGACUGUUUAAAGUGGUAUUGUAGUGCUUUAAAUGUACGUUGUGAAUGUGGCCUAAGCCAAUUCUGCGGAUAGAAUUUACGCAACCGUAUACACACAGUGCUUUGCAGUGGCGUCAGCUCACAGAGUCAGGUGAGGAGAAACUCAGUGGCGAUGCGCAAAAUGCUGCGGCUAGGCUGUAGAUGGGGACAGGCUGUUGCCAGCACAUAACUUUGAUGCUCGAAAACAUGUACUGGCUCCUUGCGUGCUACCAUGCCGGGUGCAAGGUUCUUGUAUUAAUUUGCAAGGCCCUUAACAACUUGGGUCCAGCAUGCCCCAGGGACUGCGAAAUUCCUUAUAUCUUUGGCUGAUCACGGAGGACUUGAGGGUGGAGAUUCACAAGCCGUGGGGGAUCACAAGUAACCAGGCAAUCUGUAUUUGGGCUCUGUUUAAUGAAACUCCCUUCAUUAAACAUACAGACCCCCAUCUCUCGUUGUCUACUGAAAACUUAAAAAAAAAAAUUCCGACAGGCAUUUUUUGCUGAAUUUUGAUUUUAUAAUUUUAACUGACUUUUAUUUUCUCCGCAUCGAGGUGUUUUUUUUUUGUUUUUUUUUGCUCAGGGCUGAAUAUAAUUAAGGGGUGUGUAAAUUGUCAAAACAACAAUAUGCACGUCUGAAGUAGCCCAGGCUUUGGAGCAUUUGGAGAAUCUCAGAUACUUGGCGUUUGGUCUGGGAUCAGGGAAGAGAGAAGAGCUGGGAAGCUAAGUUACGUGAAGGGGUUUCUGGGGCCGCUUCCAAAACGAUGAACGAUCUCAAUCCCUCGGGGCGUAUAGCCCAGAGGUUUCUUUCUACUGUACUAUUCCAACACUUGCUAUUUUUAGCCAUGCAAGUACCAUAUGCAGUAACAUAAGCUCGGUUUGCAUUGUUGAACGCGUUCCAACGUACGUUUUUAUGUGGCCAAAAUUGCUGGAAGACUGGAGCUUUAUUUCAGUUCAAGUAUUUUGGGAGCAUGGAUGGUGGUUUUUGAUGGAUGCUUCCCCCUCAUGUCUCUGAUUUCCCAUUCUUCUGGGCUCUUGGUGAUCUGACUUGAUUCUUUGCCCCAGAUUCCGUCCGCAUCAGGACGCUGACCCUGCGAAGCCACGGGUUCCUGCUCUCAUCGAUGGCCUUGUUGCUUUCAAAAAUAACGACCAUGGAGCCUGGGCUCGGGGAGGAGACAUUGUCUUCCGCAACUGUGGGUAGGUGUCUUCAGAACACCAGGCUUGUUCCUUUCAGCCGCGGUAAAACUAAGUUACUCGGCCACUUCGACCUGUGGAACUGGCACUGUUACCUGGUCCCCACAAUCUUCAUUCCGCAUUUGUGACUAAUUGAUCUUUUACCUAUACUCUGAAAUUAGAUCAAUUUUGCUGCACUCUUUUCGGCACCUGUUUAAGCAAGCCUAUCCAGGGAUGCGGGUGGCGCUGUGGGUUAAACCACAGAGCCUAGGACUUGUCGAUCAGAAGGUUGGCGGUUCAAAUCCCCACGACGGGGUGAGCUCCCAUUGCUUGGUCCCUGCUCCUGCCAACCUAGCAGUUCAAAAGCACGUCAAAGUGCAAGUAGAUAACUAAGUACCGCUCUGGUGGGAAGAUAAACGGCAUUUCCUUGCACUGCUCUGGUUCACCAGAAGCGGCUUAGUCAUGCUGGCCACAUGACCCGGAAGCUGUACGCCGGCUCCCUCGGCCAGUAAAGCUAGAUGAGCACCGCAACCCCAGAGUUGGUCAUGACUGGACCUAAUGGUCAGGGGUCCCUUUACCUUUACCUUUAUCCAGACACUUGGAUUUUAUGAUGCAGUCUUUUUUUGACUGCUAAAUUUAAUUAUUUUAAAAAUAUUUUUACAGUGGUACCUUGGUUGUCAAAUUUAAUACGUUCCAGGAGUCGGUUCCACUCCUGAAACCGUUUGAAAACCAAGCUGCAGCUUCCGAUUGGCUGCAAGAGCUUCCUGCACUCAAAUGGAAGCCGCGUUGGAUAUUUGGCUUCCAAAAAACAUUCGCAAACCGGAACACUCACUUCUGGGUUUGCAGCGUUUGGGAGCCGAUUUGUUUGACAACUAAGCCGUUCAACAACCAAGGUACCACUGUGCUUGUUUUUAACUGGUUUUAUUGAUAAUUUAAAUAUUUCUUGUAAACCAAUCAUGGGUUUUGUGACAAUCUAGCGGUAUAUGAAAUUUGUCAAAUAAAUAAAAUGAAGGAUGUAGGUUUGCGUUUUUAAUAGCUUGUGCACUGCUCUGGAGACGAUUGUGCCCUAAAGGGUGUUCUAUGAACCUGUAAAUAAAUAAAUGACUCUGUAAGGGUUUUUUUGUGUGGGGGGGGGGGGAGAAAGCAGCAUUUUGCAUUCCCUCGAACUUACCUUUUUGUAUGUUUUCUCCACUUCCUAGCUUUGCAGACAAUGGGAUCGGACUCACUUUAGCCAGGUAAGUUGUCCUUUCUUAAUAGAGGCAUAUUUGUAAGGAACCAGUGCUGUCUAGUAAUAGGUGGUAGAGGGUCUCUUAAUGCAAGGGGGGGAGGAUCUGUGGCUCUUCAGAUGUUGUGGACCACAGCUCCCAUCAGCCCUAUUGACUGGCCAUGCUGGUGUGGAUUGAUGGGAGUCUGCCAACAUCUGGAGGACCAGAGGUUCUGCCUGUAUCUUGCCAUAGCUAAUAGCCAUUGAUGGAUCUACCCUAAGUGAACUGUGUAGACUUUUCAAAACAAAGAAACAAAGAAACCCCUUCUUAUAUUACACACCUAGCAAACAAAUCUCUUGGUCAGCCCAGAAUUUAUUUCCUUUUAGUUUCAUUGGAUGCCCCACCAUUUUAAGGAGGGAGAAAAACUUCUUUUUAUCAGCUGCCACCUUUUGUAAGUCUCUCUCAUCUAAGUUGAUGCUAAUGACCCCUCUCUCUGGCUGCCUUGAGACACUGGAGUGUUGCUACUGGUUGGAGUAAGUCAUGGAUGGGAAACUUGUGGCUCUGCAGAUGUUUUGAGAUUCCAACUCCUGUCAGAUGCAGGUGGUGCAGCCAGUGGUCAGCAGUGAUGGGAGAGGCAUGGAGCAAUAUCUGGACGGGCCACAGAUUCCUCCUGCUCUGUGGUUGAUGAUACUGGGCUAGAUGCAAGACAACUCUGAGCUGGUUUAAGGCAGUUUUCUGUAUCCCUGCAAAUGAAAAAGCAUAUACAGUGGUACCUCAGGUUAAGUACUUAAUCCGUUCCAGAGGUCCGUUCUUAACCUGAAACUGUUCUCAACCUGAAGCACUACUUUAGCUAAUGGGGCCUCCUGCUGCCGCUGCACCACCAGAGCACAAUUUCUGUUCUCAUCCUGAAGCAAAGUUCUUAACCCGAGGUACUAUUUCUGGGUUUGCAGAGUCUGUAACCUGAAGCGUAUGUAACCUGAGGUACCACUGUAAGCUGCUUCAUACUAGUUGAGACCAUUGUUCUACACAGCUCAGUACUGCCUACACUGACUGACAGUGGCUCUCUGGUGUGUCAGGCAGGAGAUUUCCCCAGCCCUACCUGGAGAUGCCGAGAGAUUGAACCAGGAUCCUUCAGCAUACGAAACAGAUGCUCUGCUACCGAACUACACCCCUCCCCCUAAAUGAUUUAGCUUUUCUUCAAGAGAGAAGGUUUUUCAGGGGCUUGGAUCAUUUUGGUCAGUGUUUCCCAAGCUUGGACUUGUUUUUGGACUACAACUCCCAUCACCCCUAGCUGGCAAAACCAGUGGUCAGGGAUGAUGGGAAUUGUAGUCUGGUGGGGGAGAGCUGGACAUCCAAGUUUGGGAAACCCCAAUUUAGGUUGUCCCUUUCCUAUUACCUAUUUUCAAGACAGCUACACCUGUGCUGGCAGAAUAUUUUUGGGCUGCGCUAAUGCUUGCCAUCUGAUUUUUGUGUGUUUCUUUGUCCGUGUUCAUCUAAUUAUAGCGAUGGAACUUUCCCCAUCGAUGAAGGCUGCAGCCUAGAAGUGACUCAUUCCAUCUUUGUUGGCGAGAGCAACAAUGUUGGCUCUCAGGGAGGACAAAACAGCUACUGGGGGAAAGGAGCUGGCGGAGAAUAUAGGACACUGCCCCGAAACAAGUAGGUUAUUCACGGAUCGUCUCUUCCUUUGGAGGUGAAUUGGCAUGUGAUUUGGUAUACAAGUUUUUCCAGAAAAGGGACUAAUGCAUUGUGGAUGCUUUUUAAAAUUAUAAUGACGAGGAGACUGUUGGUGGGUGGUGGCCCUGGGGGCUGCAACACCUGCGCCGUUCCUAUUGGUGGAGGUUGGAGAAACAUCUGGCAGUGGGGUAGUGGGAAUCAAGGGAUGCUGUAGCUUAGGGGUAGAACAUCUGCUUUGCAAAAAAAGCCCUAUAAACCAAAAUUUAAAACACCACACUCACUGGACAAGGGUAGGGUGACCCUGGGCCAGAUGGAAAGUGCCUUCCAGGAAGUGGUUAACAAUGUGAGGAACAUUAAAGUACAUUAAAUAAUAAUAAUAAUAAUUUAUUAUUUGUACCUCGCCCAUCUGGCUGGGUUUCCCGAGCCAAUCUGCGCGGCUUCCACAAAGACCAAAAUUACACUAAGAUGUCAUACAUUAAAAACUUCCCUGAUGUCUUCUGAAUGUCAGGUAGUUGUUUAUCUGUUUGACAUCUGAUGGGAGGGCGUUCCACAGGGUGGGCGCCACUACUGUGAAGGUCCUCUGCCUGAUUCCUUGUAGCCUUGCUUCUUGCAAUGAGGGAACUGCCAGAAGGCCCUUGGCGCUGGACCACAGCCUCCGGGCAGAACGAUGGGGGUGGAGAUGCUCAUUCAGGGAUACUGGGCCAAGGCUGUUUAGGGCUUUAAAGGUCAACACCAACACUUUGAAUUGUGCUCGAAAACGUACUGGGAGCCAAUGCAGGUCUUUCAAGACCGGUGUUAUGUGGUCUCGGCGGCCGCCCCCAGUCACCAGUCUAGCUGCUGCAUUCUGGAUUAAUAUUAAAUCAAUAUUUGGUUUAUUAACUACAUUAGUACAUCAGCCAGGUGAGGUGGCAUGGCCCUGCCCAAAUGCACAUUUUUAGUUUGCGCCAAAACUCCAUUAGUGUUGCGUCAAAACUCAGAACUGCACCUGAGAGGGAAGGGCAUUCCAGAAUUGGGGUGCCACUAUUGAGAAUGCUCUCUCGUGAGUUGCCAUGUACCAUAUUCUCAGAGGACUGUGGCAUCAUGAGGCCAUCCAUAGACCUUUGAAUUCCAGGCAGGGAUAUAAGGGAGAGGUGGUCUUUCUGGCACCUGGGUUGUCCAGAGUACGUUGUCAGGCAGAGGUGCCAGACCAAAAGGUAGUUGGAACAUUCAUUGACUUGCCUGCUACUGUUUUCUCUCAAGAUUCUAUCGCCUCAGUUUUAUGUGUGAAGAGAAGUUUGUUUAAAAACAUUGUCAUGUAAAAAUUGUGCCCCAUACCCGAACAGAACACCUCUGGGGGGGAAAGAGACCCUUUCUCACUGGUCAUCUUCUCUGAGGCAAUAAGUUUUAACAUGGGGUGCUUAAAGACAUUUGACUUUCUCUUUCAGAUCUGAGGGGCUAUGGUCUUGUGAGAAGACUAGGCUGCUCUUUCCAGUGAAUAUUUGAAUUAGUCAAACUUGGGGAAAGAUUAUAGAUGGAUUGUCCUCUAAACAGUUUAGCCCUCCAAUUGUGCCGCAUGUGGACACUGGAGCUUAGAGUUCAACAAGUGGGACUCCGCAACAAGAGCUAUAGAUUUAAAGGGCUGUGACGCCACUUCAAGUAGUCAUGGCUUCCCCUGAAGAAUUCUGGGAGAUGUAGUUUGUUAAGGGUGUUGAGAGUUGUUAGGAGACCCCUCUCCCCCUCCCUAAACUACAAUUCCCAGAGUUCCCUGUGAAGAGGGAUUGAUGAAACUACUCUGGGAGCAGAACAGUGGACUGAGCAACUCACAGCACCCUUAACAAACCACAGUUCCCAGUACAGAUGGGGCGCAUUUGAGUGGUAGGGGUGUCUGGGUUGAUAGGGUGUGAAAAGCUGCAGAGGACCAUGGCUCAAUAAAUUGCAGUAGUCUUUUGUCAUGGAAAAGAAAGAUAGAUAGUCAUAGAUAAAAUUUGUACAAUAUGCUAGCUGUAGAUGGGGGAAUUAAGUUGGCAUGUAUUCAGGAAGCAGAACGAGGAAGGCGGGAACUUGCCAAAAGAGAAGGAGAGAGGAUCUCGAAGAUGUGUACGUGUGUAUGUGCUAACGGAGCAGAACAAGGGAGGGAAGUGUUGUAAAAGUCAAACCAAACCGAAGGCAAGAAUAACAAGCUAAUAAACAAAGCUGUGAACAGAUGCACAAUCGCUGAGUAGAAACAAGAAGGAAAUGUAGAAAACAGAGUUUUGAGAGCAUUGCCGAAGCGUAUUAUACUGGACCGGUUUGCCCGUAACACUAAGGCAGAGCACAGGUUGGUGCAAAUGAGGAAACUUGUAGGCUCCUAGGGAAGGAGAUCACUGCUGCUCUGCUCCUCCUCAGACAUCUUGGUUCUGUGCUGAGCUAAACCAUGGUUUGACUUGGUAUGUCCUUGCGACCCAGGCACAUGGUCCCUCUUUCCAAACAAAGCAGAAGUUGUAAACCAUAAGACGAAUCUUGGUUCCAACUUUUGGUUUGGAGAAAUCUAAACCACGAGCCUGGGUUUGAAUAGCAUGUUAAGACAAGCCAUAGCUUAGCUCAGUGCAGUCUAAGUCACGGUUUGGCUGACAUGCAAAUGAGUUUGUGUGUGCUUAAAAGGAACAUUUCAGAAUGCUGAACCACCUGUAUAAAAAUUGACAUGUGUUUGUGUUGCUUAGCCAUGUCUGAAAUGCUUGAGAAAGACGACCAGAGCCUGGCAUGCUGUUCAAAAUGCAGGGGUUUCAUUCAGAGUGGCAAAAGAGCCAGCAAGACAUAGUAGUUACAGUGUUGAACUAGGACUGGGGAGACCAGGGUUCAAGUCCCCAUUCGGCCACAAGGCUCCUAUAGUGUGACCUUGGGCCUAGUCACUGUCUCUCAGCCUAACCUACCUCACAGAAUUGUUAUAAAAGUGGACGGGAGCAGUAAGAGCAAUGUAUGUUACAUUCUUUUGUGGUUUUAUAUCAUAAACUGCCCUGUAAUCCUUGUAUGAAAGGCAUUAUAGAAAUUUAAUAGACAAAAUAAAUGUAGGGAAAAAUUCAGUACAAGUAGUCAAACAUGCUCUAUGUGUCGAAUGACCAUGUGAAGUGAAUUUGAGGGCAAGUGGCAGCUACAAAUUUGGAGUUAGUGAGUAAGGGGCAGUUCAUACAGGUGGACUCCACCUGACUGGAGAAUCCUGAUUGGCCAGGGUUGCCCAAUCAGGUGGGGAAACCCUACAGAUGCUGUUGUUGCAUGUUCAUAGAGGCCCUUUCUCACUUACACUGGGUGAGCUGCUGGAGGAGGCGUGGCCAGCAGACACCUGACUAAGGAAGGGGCAGAAAUUUGAUUUGAUUUGCAUUCAUAGCCAAACCCACCCUAAUUCACACUUUUUGGGGGUGGGGAAUGCAAUAACUGAAACACAGCCAUCCAUUGAAAUUUGCUCUUCUCUGAAUUUUGCAGUGCAGUUCUCCCAACUGGGUAAUGUGUUCACAAAUCCAUGCAUUAAAGCGUGCAUUAAGAUGCCAUUGAUUAAUGAAAGUACUGUACAAAUAUGUAUUAUUCUUUGGAAAAUUUGUCUGCAAAAAUGUGUAUAGUAGGCAAGAUUGCAUACAAACGUUCAUAUACAAGUGGUGACCAUUUUACGCAGGAGUUCUGUUUCUGGCCCCCAUUCGGGUUGGCGGAGCAUGCAUAAGCCCAUCUUGCCCUGUUACAACCCUUUAUGCCCCUGCCUGCUCCAUUAAGCCUUUGUUCUGCCCUCUUCUGGGUUCAAAAGAACCCAUGCAUUGGUGGUCAUAUGCAAAAUGGCCGCCACCCAUAUUGCCAAAAAAUUGCAUGAAAAUGCUGAUGAAUUUUCAUGAGGACAUUUUUAAAAAAAUGCAAACUGAUGUGAGGAACUGAAAAUUGGGAAACCAAGAGAAACCAGAACUGACAGAUUUGUCUGUUCCUACAUAUACAAUGGAACCUUGGGUUGCAAACGUGAUCCGUGCGGGAGGCACGUUCACAACCCGCAGCAUUCACAACCUGCAGUGCCGUGUCUGUGCACGCGUGUGAUGCAAUUUGGUGCUUCUACGCAUGCACAAAGAGCGAUUUAGCGUUUCUGCGCAUGCACAGGCACCGAAACCUGGUACUUCUGGGUUUCAGCGCAUCCGUAACCUGAAAACGCGUAACCCAAAGAGUCUGUAAUCCGAGGUACCACUGUAAAGGCUAUCAUUUGAACCCCCCUUAUCUGCUAAAUUAAUCUGCCUUGCACAAUUCUUGGAAGAGGAAAUGAGAGAGACUUAUUUAGUGAGCCCCCCGGUAGGGUAAAUAAAACCUGAUAAACGAUAAAAUGGAAGUAACACAUUUCAGGAAGAGCUAAAAACCCAUGUUCCCCACCCCUUCUUGCUUUCGUUUCUGUAACUUUGAUAGGACGUUUCCGAUCCGUGGCUUCCAGAUAUACGAUGGUCCUGUCCGGCUGACAAAAUGCACUUUUAGAAAGUUUACCCCUACUGCGGACAGGCACUCGAGUGCCAUCGGCUUUUUCAUGAAGAACGCCUGGCAGAUAAGUCCUCAGAACAACGCCUCACUGGUCAGGAUGGAGAGAAGUGUAAGUCAGUGGAGAUGUUAACUGGGCCCAUCUUCUUUUUGUGUGGGUUUGGCAGUAGGGAAUGUGCCUCUGCUUGAUUCUCCUGUGUGCAUUUUAUUUAUUUAAACAAUUUCUGUGCCUGCUUCUCACUUCCAAAGGAAUCUCUGAGCCGUUUGCCACCUAUUUUUAACAGUCAAACCGGCCUAGCGAGAGAGAGGCUGAAAGACCCCACAGUCCGGUCAUUUAAACUUCCCCUGGGCGUGGUGCCAAGGGCCGCAAUUGGUCAUUUGGUCCUGCACCCAGGGGAAUGCCCCCUAAUUCCUGCAGCCAUUGGCCCAUUUGGUGGCAGGAAGUCGAUCCGGCUUGUGAUAAGCCAGUUUACAAGGGAGGCCCGGGGCCCGCCUGCAAAGCCGUCCGCCCAAUAAGGAGGCGAACGCACAUCACAAAACAUCAAAUGCUGCAACUGAGAAUCAAAUACAUAUACCAGAAUAAUUAAAAUUAUUUAUAGCUCGCUCAUCGUGGUUAACACAAUGUGAGGAACAUUAAAGUACAAUAAAUCAAUAUUUGGUUUAAGUACAAAUUACCGUCAGAUCAAGCACUUUAUUAACUACAUUAGUAUACAUCAGCCAGGUGAGGGGGCAUGGCUCUGGCCAAAUGCACAUUUUUAGUUUGCGCCAAAACUCCAUUAGUGUUGCGUCAAAACUCAGAACCGCACCUGAGAGGGAAGGGCAUUCCAGAAUUGGGGUGCUACCAUUAAGAAUGCUCUCUUGUGAGUUGCCAUAUACCAUAUUUUCAGAGGACUGUGGCAUCAUGAGGCCAUCCAUAGAUUUUGAAUUCCAGGCAGGUGUAUAAGGGAGAGGUGGUCUUUCUGGCACCUGGGUUGUCCAGUGUACAUUGUCAGGCAGAGGUUCCCUGGAUUAUGUUGGACUACAACUCCCAUCAUUCCCAGCCAACUUAGCCCAGUGGUCAGGCAUGAUAUAUAAGUUGUCACGCAACAUCCACAGUUGAGGAACAUUGGUGAGGACAACACUGAGCUAGAGGCACCACUGGUUGGACUUGUUGUAAGGCAGAUUCCUGCAUAGCAUUUAGGUGCCUGACUAAUGUUCCUAGUGCAUGGUCAGCACUGAUUAUUAGGGUUCCUAAUUUUUGUGUGCAAAGUUUAGGUGUGUCUGCUCCUUGCUUCCUUGUGGUGAAGGGAAGUUCUUUUGGCCUCCUGCCUUUCAGUGAAUCACACACUUUGCAACUUGUUUAAACGUUGCCCGUUGAAGGUCAGACGGAGGGUGAGGAAUUCAUUUGGUUGCGCCCUCCCGUAACCACGUGGAGCUUGAUAGCUGUGCAGAGCAAGUGCAAGAGGCUCUACUCUUGCAGGCCGCUUCUUGAAGAUCACAAACUUUUCUUGAGUUGACUUGGACCAGAACUUCCCUUCACCACAAGGAUGGCUCACUCUUCCUCAUGCUCUCCUCUAGACAUCUGGAGAAACUGAAUGUGUCCGGGUGGAAUCAUGUAUUGCGUUCCCUUGCUUAGCUUCAUUUUAUGUUGCUUGGUGGGGGCAUAGAAGCACAGAGUGCAAGGUUGCGGAAGAAGAAGCAAUGUAGAUGCAGGGUUCUGUAGAUACAACAGAGGGUUUCAGCAACCACAUCAUUUCCAACAAAGAUGUGUGAGGAACCCUGUCUGGAACGGGGAAGAGUCACUGCCAGGCAAGACUAGGGAUGGAGAACUUGUGGUUUUCGGGAUGUUGUUGGUCUACAACUCCCAUUAUCCUGUGAUUAUUGGCCAUACUGGCUAGCGCUGAUGGGAGUUAGAGUCUAACAGCAUCUAGAUGGGCAUAAACUCCUCAUCCAAAGGGGAUUGGGCUGCAGAUACCCGGGUUCAAGUUUCUCCUUUGCUACAAAGCUCACUGGGUAGCCUUUGGUCAAGUUGGUGCUUUCUCAGCUUAAAUCGGCUUGCAUGGUGGUUGUGAGGAUCAAAUCUUAUUGUGUCUUUUGGAGUUCCUUGGUAGAUGCACUAAGUACCCUGAAGUGGGAAACUGUCAAGCAAACAGUGCAAGACUGCCAUGUUUUGUCCGUUACAUAACUUUUUGUUUUCUAAAAUAGCAUUGGGGAAUGAGUGGCCCUUUGAAUGUUGCUUGAUCACAACUCCCACCAUUCCUAAGAAUUGGCCAUGCUGGCUGGGGGUGACCAAUACUGAAAUCCAUCAACAUCCGGGCUCCCUUGUCCCCCAAACCUGCUUUAAGAGCUAUACAGUGGUACCUCUGGUUACGAACUUAAUUUGUUCCAGAGGUCCGUUCUUAACAUGAAACUGUUCUUAACUAGAGGCGUGCUUUCGCUAAUGGGGCCUCUUGCUCCUGCUGCGCCACCGGCACACAAUUUCUGUUCACUUCCUGGGGCAGAGUUCUCAACUUGAGGUAACUCUUCCAGGUUAGCGGAAUUUGUAACCUGAGGCGUUUGUAACUCGAGGUACCACUGCAUAGCAGGUGGAAAUUCAUCAGAUGUAUUCUUUUCAGUGCAGAGAUACAGUGAUGGGAAGGCUGCGCUUGUUGAAUUUUCUGCCUGCUAUGCAGUUGAUAAACCACAGAGCCCACAUGGCGGGGUCCUGUCAUUUCCACCAUGGAAAUCUUGGGACAUAAGCACUGAAUAGCUAUUUUAGUAGCCUGAAAUGCAAUAGAGUUCCUGCAGUAAUAAUGACUUUCUGUUCUUAUCUGUCUUUCUUCAAAGGUUGGGCUCAGAGUGUUCUUUGGCAGGCCAGGCCAGUGGUUUGGAGACAAUAAUAAUGAUGGUGAUAAGGUCUCGAUUUUCCAUGAUUUGGAUGGUUCAGUGACAGGCUAUCCAGGCACCUUUGUGGGCAGGUCAGACAACUAUCUGAUUCGUCACCCGGGCUGCCUUAUCGUCCCAAGGUGGAACGGAAUGAUUUGCGCUGGGAAAUAUGCACAGGUAAGGCUGGACCAUUGAUGCUUAUGCAGAGAUGUUCUCAGUGGGAUGAUAGAAGGAAGCUUUGGUGCUGCUGAAGGGAUGAAUGAAUUAAGGAAGGAAGGAAGGAAGGAAGUGAAGAGAGGCUGGCAUGAACAGAGGCUGGGGAGUCCCAGAGAGAAAAGCUAGCUGGUAAGAGAGGGGCCUCUAUGGAGAUGUGUGAGAGAAAAUGGAUGGAUGGAUAGAUGGAUGAAGAGAGAAUGAAGAACAGAGAGAAAAUCAGUAUAUCUGCCUACAGCCCUGUCCAACUUUUCCUUUUCUCAAUUCUUCACUUCUUGCACAUUUUUGCAUGGCUCUGCUGGUUAGCAUUAGACGAGCAUUUGGAAAGCAGGAGUGUCGAAAGCUGCCAAAAACCGGGUGGGGGAGAGUUGUUGUUGUUGUGUGUUGUCUCUCAGAGCCUCAGAUAUAUGAUUAACAUUCUCCAGGACUUUCUCAUUAGCAAGGAGAAUUCCUGGCUGCACGAGGGCAUUUAAAACAUGACAUUGGGCUGCAGAUCCAGCUAGCAUCUGCUUAAUAUCCUUCCCUGAAUAAUUUACAGGGCAGUUUUCCCCUUGGCAUGGAGUGCUGGGAUAAUCUGUCAAUAAGAAUAGUUUAUUGUCCCCAAAAGCCAAUUUAGCUGAUAUAUAUAUAUAUGUAUGUAUGUAUGUAUGUUCUGGCCAUCCUCAUUGGCCUGAGGCCACCCUACAUCUUCGUCUAUGUAGUUUCAUUUUUGGAUUAAAGUAGUUUCAUUUUUUAUGUUUUACCUGCCCUGGCUGAACCAUUUUGAUUGGGAACAUAGUCGAUGCAUGAUUACGGGUCAAGCUGCAGGUUACACUACAUUAGGCAGGCUUCCUCAACCUCGGCCCUCCAGAUGUUUUGAGACUACAGUUCCCAUCAUCCCUGCCCACUGGUCCUGCUAGCUAGGGAUCAUGGGAGUUGUAGUCCCAAAAAAUCUGGAGGGCCGAGGUUGGGGAAGCCUGACAUUAGGGAUGAGGAUCCUGUGUCCCUCCAGAUUAGUCACGCUGAUGAGGAGUGAUGGAGCCCAAUAACAUCUGGAGGGACCACAGGUGUCCCCACCCCAGAUUAAAUGAAUAUAUAUGAAAGAAGAAGAAGACUCUCAUGGGUGCUAAUGGGAGCUUUCUAACACUAGUUGCACUGCCAGGUUUUUUUUUUUUCUAGAACCACAGCUGGGGAGGGAAGAGUUAACCCUCCCCUCUCUAUGUUCUGCAGUUUCAUUGAAAUUUGGGCUUCUCCACUCUUAUUAUUUAUUCUUUUAAGAAAUAAUUUGAACCACAGUUGUGCAUGAGAAGGAGACGAAGAAGUCUGUGACCCAUGUAUCCAAUUCUGCUUGAGUAGCAAUCCUUUUGAGCAACCUAAUUCAGGGCUAGGGGGAAAAGCAUUUAAUUGUUGUUGGUAGACGGUUGCGAGCCAGAAGCCUUUAAUGAUCUACUGCAAAGGAGCCAGACCCAGACCCAUUUUCUGCUCCCAACCCCCACCCCAGCUUUCAUGAAUCUGCCAGGAGCAAUGUAAGAGCUGCCACUAUGCAUCUUAACUACCAUUUGAAACCAUUUCCUAGGAAGAGGGGUUGAAGGUUAAACCACUCGGGGAAUUGUAGCUCUGUGAGGGGAAUAGGAGUCUUCUCCAAGCAGCCUUAACAAACUACAGUUCCCAAGAUUCUGUGGCAGAAUCCAUGACUUUUUAAUGUAGUAUGAUGCUGUACUAGAUGUAAAGCAUCUAGGCCCUGAUUUUGGAUGCUUCUUGUAUCCCAUCCUCUGUGUCUGUUUUGCCCUGUGUACCUGGCAAAAGAAUCCAUCGGGAUUGCUUGCUGUGUAAAAUAUGGGGGGGGGGCAGGUAAGCCCCACCCCGCAUCAUUGAUCACAAGACAUGGUGCACAAAUACCACUUGAAUGGCAAUGGCCAACAACUUUGCGGUGACCCUGGCCCCCUCAAAUAUGUUAUUUGGGGGCCGAAGGGACCUUGGCCAUUAGGAAUUAGUUCCUGUGGUAUCCAACGUGGUGAAACAGACAUCAACAUUCAGUAUAUGUGGCACUGUACGUAAGGGACACACAGGGUUUGACGUCUAUGUUGGAAACACGUCAUGUGCAAGCUUGUCCCCAUAUUUACACUGACGAGUAGCAAUCUCGUAGACAGGGAUGAUGAUGAUAUUUUAAUGUAUCGCCUCCUUCACUCUACUAAGAUCCCUGGGUAGGUUACAACUAUUUAAAAUGCAACAUUAAUAACAGGUUGGAUUUUUUAAAAAAAUAAAUAAAAUGCAAUUAGGAAAAAAGAGAGUGAGUCCUGAAAAUAUACAUCUCAGGCAUGAAAAACGCCAGCUUGGGUGCUGCAUUUUGGCAAUUUCCAUCCCAACCUGCGGAUAGGAAUGUGGGGGAAAUUUGAUUCAGGUGACAUUUAAAAAGAAGUUGCACUUUUCAAAACAAUACAUAAAUCAGAACAAACCCACCAUUUGAAAUGCGCACCUCUCUAGACGUUGCAAUGCAGUUUUUGAGCCAAAUAAUGCAUACAAAAGCACACACACUAAAACCAACCCUAUACACUAGGAUAAAGUGUGCAAAAGAAUGCAUAUAUUAGGAAGAAUAACGCUCAAAAAUGCAUUAUAUUUGGAGAAAUAGCUUUUCAUAAAUAUGUACACCAGGUCAAACUGCAUAAAAAACAUCAGUUUUGGAAGCCAUUCGCACAAAAAUGCUGAUGAAUUUUCAUGAACUGAAAAUUGCAAACCAAUGUGGAAAUGUGGAGAAAUGAACUUAGGAUUGUAAAAAAUGAAAAAAUGAAAUUGACAUAUCCGCCCAUCCUUACUUGAGUAUGCCUAGGCUUGAGCCCAGUUCCUUCUGUGUGCAAAACAUGUUCCAUACCAGUGAGCCACAUCUCCACCCUUCACAUGGGCAAUGGCUCUGCUUCUAGCUACUUGGUGCUGCAUAAAAAUUCUGAACUGUAAACAAGAUAAGCUCUUUCCCCCCUUUUUCUUUUUCUCUCUCCUUUUUUUUGGUCUGUUUUUAUAAGCGCAUUAUGGCACUCCAUGCAGUGAGACCCUUUUUCCGUCCUAAGAACUUUCCUUGGCUGUGUAAGGCAAGAACAAACAGUCAUUUUCUCUGGGACCUGUCCCUUCUUUACUAGAGUUUCCCAUCCAAUCAGCGUCUAAGCUGUGGGGAAUUUAGUUCAGGACUUGCCUGGACUGAAGGGAAGGCAUAAGAAUUUGGCACGAGUGCAGGGAGAGGUAUUUGCUUUGAAACGGAGCACAAAUUUUAGCUUUCAAAAUGCCAUCAACUUUCAGAAGCUAAAGGCAGCAUCCGUCUUGUUUAGACAGACUGGUGUUGUGUGCACGCUCCGAAUUUUUGCUCUGAAAGGCAUAAAAAGGACUAGUUCCAAUCACGGAGGACUGUGAAACCCUUUGCUUCCCUUUGAUCUUUGGAAACUCCAUGACCAAAUCUGCUUUUCUUUCCCCUCCUGUUUUUGGAUUCAGGAGACAAGACCCUGUAUUCAUUUGGUGGUACAGACAGGUGAAAUCCCCUUUUAGUAAAUGUGUGUUUUGAUCAUUUUUAUGCUGAUUCUUGAGUUUAGUCCAAACGUACAUGUAUGUUCUGUGUGCACAUGUAUUAGGGAUGGUGGGGGAGGGAGGUUUUCAACCUUCUUGAGUCCGCAGCUCCCUUAACCAACCACAUUCUUUCUGCGGCACCCCUGUGGGGCUCAGGAGCCCAGUUAUGUCUCCCUUGCCUGCAGAGCUGGCAGCCUCUCACCCUUUUUUGAACACCCCCCUUGUGGUGGGUUCCCUCAGCCUCCUCUCCUCUCCUUGGGGUCCUAGAGAUCCAGGGUGGUGUAGUGGUUAAGAGUGGUAGACUCGUAAUCUGGUGAACCGGGUUCACUUCCCCGCUCCUCCACAUGCAGCUGCUGGGUGACCUUGGGCCAGUCACACUUCUCUGAAGUCUCUCAGCCUCACUCACCUCACAGAGUGUUUGUUAUGGGGGAGGAAGGGAAAGGAGAUUGUUAGCCGCUUUGAGACUCCUUGAGGGGAGUGAAAGGCAAGAUAUCAAGUCCAAACUCUUCCUCCUCCUCCUCCUCCUCCUCCUCCUCCUCUUCUUCUUCUUCUUCUUCUUCUUCUUCUUCUUCUUCUUCUUCUUCCUUUGUGUAGCUGCUGCUGCCACCCCUGGUCUCUGAGCUGCUCACCCACUCCCCACUCCCCACUCCCCAAAGAGAAGUGCUUCCCAGAGGCACCGUUCACCUGCGGAGCUUGUAGCCAGGGCUGCUGCAAUAAACAGCUGCACAAGCCUUUGGGAGGCAGAGACAUGAGAGGGCAGAGGAGGGAGGGAGGGAAGGAAAGAGGGACAGAGACCAUUGUUGCUGCAGCACCUCUGACCAUCAUUCAAGGCACCCCAGGGUGCCGUGGCACACGGGUUGAAAACCACUGCUGUACACUAUGAAUAACAUACGUAAAACAUAAGAAGAGCCUUCUGGCUCAGGUCACAUCUAGUCCAGUGUCCUGUUUGCACAGUGGCCAACCAGAUGCCUAUGGGAAACCCACAAGCAGGAUUCAAGCACAAGAGCGUUCUCCCCUCCUGUGGCUUCCAGCAACUGGUAUUCAGAAGCAUUGCGGCCUUCAACCAUGGAGGCAGAGCAUAGCUAUCAAGGCUAGCCUCUCCAUGAAUUUGUCUAAUGUUGUUUAUUUAUUUUUUUAAAUAUGCUUUUUCUUAGUUUUUCAUUUCACAUAAACAAACAAAAUACAAUAAUCUUCCAUAAUCAUCUAUCCACUUUCUCUCUCAAUGCCCUACCGAACACUGACUUCCCUCUCCCUUCAGCAGGUUUUCUUACUCCAAUCCCCUUUCUGCAGUUCCUUAAUAAUAUCCUGUCCACGUCAUAAGAUUUAUUUCAGUCCUGCUAAUGUCUUCAUGUUUCUACAGUUAUUACUUAUAUAAUCCACAAAUUUACUCCAAUCUCUUUGGAACUUUGUUUCCUCCUGGUUACGGAACCUGUAGGUCAGUUUUGCUAGUUCCGCAUAAUCCACCAGAAUUUGUCUAAUCCUUUUUAAAGCCUCUCCUUAUCACCAGCAUUAUUUUAUAUUCCUGCCCUAUUUUGUGGUUCUUUGUUUCUUUCCCCAUUUUAUUUCACCGUUAUCAAUCAUUAGCUAUAUCUUGUUGAUUUUGUUAGCUUAUAGUGUGAGUUUCAUUCAGAAUCUUUGGGCCAAAAAGGUGGGAUAACCUCUCCCACCCCCCACAACCGUUCUCCAUCAAUAAGAAAUCUCCCUGUUGUCAUCUAGUAGUCCUAUAUUAAAAGCGUUGGCAAAAGGCCAGAAAAUGUGCAGGUCAAUAAAAUUCUGUAGGCCUACUCUAAGUAAGCUUUAGCUGAAUACUACCCUACAUUUUUAAACCAGGUAUUUUUUUUGGAGGGGGUGUCAUUGGUCACCAGCCUGCAGUCAGGUUAUCUUUGCAUUCACCUGCAUGCUACCAUUUCUUAAUCAUAGCUGCAAUACAAGAAAGGACUUGUCAGUCAUUCCAAACUACAUAGUAAAAGAAUGAAUAUGCAGGACUUGAUGUUGACUGCUUAGCUAUAGGAAAGUGAGAAAUGGUCUUGAUUAUAAUCCUUGAAAUUGUGCAUGCGUUGGCUGCAGUUAGAAGUGCAGUCAGUCUAGAAAUAUUUCUAACUAACCGCAAAGCUUCUCUCUCUUUCUCCUCUCUCUUUUUGUAACACUCACUGCAUCCAUGUCAGAGAAACAGCAAUUCCUAGUCUCUUUCUCUGGUGUGAAUCAUAGCAUGUAAUUCAGAACUACCAUAAAUGCCAUUGGUUAGCAUAUAUUGGGGAUAAAUAUCUUAGGAACGUCUCUCCCAGUGUGAACUUACUCAGACCUUUACAUCGUCAUCUGUAGUGUAGUAGCUAAUUCAGGAUCCCUUCUUGAUUAUCACAACUAUGCCCUCUCACAGCCACCGCCCCCUUCUAAGAUUAUAAACCUUCUAAGUUUAUACAGCAAUAUUACAAUUCUAGAAUAAUAAUGAUUAGGGAUGCAUUGCAAUGCUUAGAGCAGAUCUCCAAGUGCUUCCUCAAGUUGAAUCUGGGCUUUCCCCCCUCUGUGCACAUACAUGGGCAAGUGAUUUGGAGUGCUUUAUUAUCUUCUUUUGGAGUGACCUGAGCUGUGUUUUCCUUGGCAUUCCAUUUGACGUAACAGAACUUGCGCCUCAUUCUCUUGAAACGGAAGCACCUUGUGUUUUCAAUGUUCCUAAAUGCUUAGCAUACAGAACAACUCUUCAGUGCUCUCCCACAAGCCUUCUCCAGAAUGACCCUAGGAGCCAGUCCUCACCUCCUUUCACUUUGAUUGGCUCCAGUCAGCACUAAGGAUGAGAAGACAUCUUCUCAGUGGCUGAAAAGUCCCCCUUAUUGCUAUUUUUGAACAAUUGGGAUCAGAAAUCCUUGGUGAACCAAAGGUCAACCAGUUGACCAUGAUCUACCUUCUGCCCACUCCCUGCAGCUCCCAAACUUUGCUUAUGUAUCCUGGCUCAUUUUGCAGGGGCCACAUUUUUCUUUGGCACCUUACAUGGCUUUGUUUUUGUUUUCCAAGUGGUAUUUCACUGCCCAUUCUCUUGUUUUCCCAUUGGGGAAUCAGAGUUGGAAGUGACCACGAUAAUCAUAUUGUCCAACCCCCUGCAGUAUGGGAAUAUUUUGCCCAAUGUAGGGCUUGAAUCCACCACCCUGAGGUGAAGAGUCUCAUGCUCUACCAACUGAGCUUAAGUGAUUCCCAUUUUUGGGACAAUCUCUAUUGCCUGUGAUUAUUUUCUCUCUCAAGAAAUAACCCUUCAGAAUGCUAUUUGUGUCGCUGAUGCACUAUUUAUGUUGGAAGUGGUCCAUUGGCUACAGCUCUGGAUGCCCAGAGCCCUUUGCUGGCAAAAGUCUUGAAAGGGACAUGCUGCUGAUUGAAUGCAUGUGUGAAAGCUGAGCUUGAUUGGCUGUAACACAGGUCUCUUCCCGCUUUCUCUUUCAGCUCUAUAUUCAAGCCAGGCGUCCUGAGAAUCUGACCUUAUCAAUUGCCAGAGCUGCAUACCACUUCCAUCCUCUGAGGCUACACGGAGUGAACAGAGGGGUGCCGUACCAACAGUACCAGCCUGUGGUGAUGCUGGAGCAAACCUAUAUUAUCCAAUGGGAUGGCAGAGCACCAGAAGAUGUCAUCCUUUACCCGGUCAACUUCAAUAGGUACCAUUGAUGGAAAAUGUGCGGUGCGAUGAGUUCUGUGGUGUUUGCUACGGUUUCUGUUUUUAAAAGCUGUUCCAGGUUCCUGCUGACUUUUCUUCUUCUUCUUCUUCAAACUUUUGGAAAAGUUGGCCUACUUAAGGCUUCUAAAAAUGACAUUAACAAAAGACCAGCAAAGAAGCUAUGCCUCUGUUUUUAACUUUCACUGCCAUCUGUCUGAUGUGCCGUGUUGUUUCCCCUUUCAGUAAGGUUUUUUUUGGGAAGAGAUUCAAGUUACUGUUGGCAUUCCGGGCUCAAGAUUAAAUCCAGCAGAUCCCUGGCACGCUGUUCAUUCUCAUUAGUUUACACUAGCUGCUCCGCUUGUGAUUUAUAUCCCACCUCUCCCUCUUUCUGUAAAGGGCAGCAGUGAUUAUGAAGAUUGCCUAUGUAGCCUUGCAUUUUCCCAGUAGUCUAAACACUGCAAUUGCUAUUUCAUUUCUCCCCUGUUAUAUAAACCUGAAAAACAAAACACCAGGACCCUCUCUACUGAAAUAAUUCAGAACUGAUAGACAGCAGUCUGGAAGAGUAAUAAGUUUGAGUGCAACAAGAAGGGAGGCCCAGAUUCCAUCUUUUUCUACUGUUUUCUGUUACAAAAAAGGCUUGGAAGGAUAUGUGUGUGUGUACACACACUCACUAACAGCCUCUUUCCUGACAUGGCUCAGGAAUUCUAAAAAACAACAACCGAACAAAUCAGUGCAGUUGUGUCUUAUCAGUCCAUAUGUCUGUGUCUGCUGUAUAUUUGGAAAGUUGUUUGUCUGUUCUGUAUGCACUGAGGUCCUCCUCUGAGGGUCUUCUGCUGGUUCUCAAACUGCGAGAAGUGAGGUUACAGGGACUUCCAAUGCAGGAAUCUUUUACCCAACGUGGGGUUCAAACCCAAGAUUAAGAGUCUCAUGCCCUUCUGACUGAACUAUCCCAACUGGUUUUGCAGAAUCAAAAAGUUAAAAGCAGCGGAUAUAAAAAGAAUUUAAGGUUUUGAAGUUUUGCAUAAGCCCUUAAAGACUAGAAAUCAGUUGUAUUCUGCACCGAAUACCAGUUUGUGUGUGUUGUUAUGGAAUGGUAGUCCUAGUCAUUUGUUGAAUCAAUGAACGUGUCUACGCAAGGCUCUCAUGUUAGCAACUGACCUCUUCUUCUUUUUUUAAAAAAAAUGGCACAUUGCAGUUACUUUUAGAAUCAGGAAGUAAAUGUUUGCAGAUGUCAGCAAGACUAGACAGGUCGUACCUUCUUUAGUAGGUCUCCCUUUCUUUUUUUUUAAGUUGAUGGGGGGAACUGUACAAACAAUACGGCUGAUGAUUAACCCUGAUACACCCGUGGCUUUUUCGAUGCAGGAAAGAAUGUGUGAAAUGCGUAUGGUGCAAAAUGAGGAGACAACGUGAUUGACACUCUUAAUGUCAGUCUCCUGGUCUUGCUAAGCACAGCUUGAUAGCAUAAUUAAGUUAUUUUUACCCCAGUGGACAGAGAUAGCGGGGGAUGCUGAUGUUUCAGAGAGGCAGAAGUCAUGUUUCUGGAAUAUGUAUUUGACAUUGACUAAGAGAAGCUCAUAGGGGGAAUAAAGGAUUUAUUGCUGGGGAUUUAGACUGUCCCUGAGGUACCGUAAUCUGUAAUAUUGACACUCAAGACUUGCGUUGUUAACUCCUCUGCUGAAGCUAGAAUGCCAAGAAUCCACCAGAAGUAAUGGAAGGGCAGAAUCAUUGCUGUUUUUCUAGGAAAAGAGGUGCCAGAAUUUACCAUGAACGCCUCCCAUGUUCUCUUAUAAUGGCAAUGGCGCCCACCUGAGAGGUGUCAGAACUGUACAUACUCACUAUAUUUUUAAAGCACAUUCGAAGCACAUCCUGCCCCACUCAAAGAAUUCUGGGCACUGUGGUUUGCUAAGGGUUUCUGGGGAUUAUAACUCGGUGAGUGAUUAUAACUACAGUGCCCAGAAUUCUUUGAGGGAAAGAAUAUGCUUUAAAGGUAUAGUACUAACUCAACACACUAAUGAUCAGAACUCUAUAUACCAAGGAUGGGGAACCUGUGGCUCCCCCAGAUGAUAAUGAAUUCCGGCUCUCAUCAGUCCCAAUCAGUAUAGUCAAUGGUCAGGAAUUGUAGGAAUUAUAAUUCAUAAGCCUUUCUGUUUUGGAAGGUGUUUGCUUUAUUAACCAGAUAAGCUUUUAUCCAGUGUGUUUGUUUUCACCUAUGGGAUCAUCCAGCCUUCCUUUUGUGCCACGUUUCUAGGUACAGGUCUGCUCUUUAAAUUAUUAUUAAUUAAAGCUGAGAACUACUUCUUCUUUGUGUUCUUGUCCCGGCGUUUGUUCCCUGCAAAAACCUGUUCUUUACCACUGAAAACAAUUCUGUGGAAAACUAGAAUUGCAGUUUGUUCUGAUAUAGAGCAUUAAAGAGCGAGUUCUCCUGGGGAAAGCAGCACAGCAAAAAUAGUCAUCAGGGUUAGUAGUCGCUGAUUGCUUUAGCCUCCCUGAAAUUUCCUAAUCCCAAAUUGGUGACCAUCACUGCUUCUUGUGGCAGUGAGUUCCGCAGUUUAAGUGUGUGAAUAAGUCCUUUCUUUUGUCUGUCCUCAAUCUCCCAAUGUUCAACUUCGUUGGAUGUCCCCGAGUCCUUGUGCUAUGAGAGAGGGAGGAAAACUUUCUCCGCACCAUGCAUAAAUGUAUUCACUUCUGUUCUGUCGCCUCUUAGUUGCCUUUUCUCUAAACUAAAAAUCCCCAAAACUUAUAAAAGUUUGAUAUUUAAACUCUGGGAUGGGGGAUUCGUGGUUCCCUGCCUCACCUCCACCAAGAGUUAUCACAGGGAUUGUUCAGAACAGAAUAAGAUGCAUGGAAGCACCAUGAGUGGCGAUAAGUUUGAGAUAAUGACACGCAGUAGUAACCUUUGUGCAAUUCAAAACUUCUUGAUACUGUUCCAUGGUAGGGUGGGAGGAGAGAGGGGGACAGUCUGAUGAUAUUUGGCAGAAGAACACAGAGGGCUGAUUGGAAUUUUAAUUGCUCAGAACAAAAGUCAGUCUCCUGUAGAACUGAUUGAGGUCCUUGUUCUUUGCCUGCGUUGACUACAUGUGUAAAGUCCUUCCAAGUCCAGAGGCCUAUGAUCUUUCCACAAUGGAUUCUUUCUGUUUGCAGGCCAACUUCAUACUUAGUGUACUCUUUUCCCUUCUCUUUCAAGCACACAUCGCAUAAGGACCAAAAUUGCAGGUAGGGAGAAUUGCUCAAAGGAAUUGGCUUACGUGGAAUGCCCAUUUGCAAAAGCAAAACCACAACCAAACAAAACACCCCAACACACCUAUGUUCACGAUAGACAUUAAACUUGUUAAGAGGAGACUGUCAAAAGGAGAGAUUGAGGAGGAGGAGGGAUAGGUACAGCUGGCAGUGGGUGGAAAUAUGGGCAUGGAAUGAACCCAAGGUGUAAGGACUUGGUGUAACAAGCUACUGCCUGCACACCAGUCUUUUGCCUUUACUUGCUUGAAAAGCGGUGAAAUUGAAUAACAUCUUCCACUUUGAGUAAAUUGGCCCAUCGGUGCUUUAUUUGCAGGCCGAAAGGCACACACAUUUAAAACAUCAAGAGAACUGAAGUGGUGGAUUGUGUUUGCCGUUUUUGUGGACUGUUUUGUGGCACUGUUAAUUGGGCUCCAAAAACGCUGCAAUAUUUACUAAGAAGUCUAGGCAUGUUUAAUGGGGCACGGCUGGUUCAAUAAAGCUUUGGGUCUUUAUUUAGCAUGGAUCUCAUCUACACUACUGACGAAAUCAUGGGUGCUUUAGUUGAGAUUCCUGCAUUGAACUAGAUGACCCUUGGGUUCCCUUCCAGCUCUAUGAUUCUAUGCCAGGCUUCCUCAACCUCGGGCCUCCAGAUGUUUUGAGAUGACAAUUCCCAUCAUCCCUGACCACUGGUCCUGCUAGCUAGGGAUCAUGGGAGUUGUAGGCCAAAAACAUCUGGAGGGCUGAGGCUGAGGAAGCCUGUUCUAUGCCUUACUUAUUUUGUUUUUAACCCCACCCAUCCUCCAAGGCAUCAUAUGUAGUUCUUUUCCCCAUUUUAGUCUCUCUCACAUGUGUGGUAGGUUAGAAGGAGGGAUGGGGCAGCCAAGGCCACUUAUUGAAAGUCUUGAGAGCCCAGUAGAGACGCAUGGGGCCCACUGGGCCUGGUGUUCCCCAUCUCUGGUUUAGCAUUACAUCUGAACCAGACCAGACUAGGAUCUUGCCUCCUCCUCCACUCCAGGGGUGUGCUGGAGUUCACUGCUUUCCCCCCCUGAUAAGUGAAUAUCUGCUGUAACUAGCACAAGUCGUGUGAUGUGGAGACACCAUGAAACUGGAGCUUGAGCUUGAUAUAUGGACUAAGUCUGCAAAUGGACUUUGCACGCUUCAUAUCUAAGGUUCAAAGAAGCCAUGGUUUCUCUCUGGAAAAGUUAGCAGCUCCUGCCUCUUAACUCGGGACCGAGAGUAGGCUGCAGAUAAUGUGGGCAGAUCUGAGUGUCUGCCCCUAUUGAUUCUUAUCUUAAACCCUCAUAAGUUUUCUUCCCCCCCUCCUCCCGCAGUGUAAUUGGCAGUGAAGUCAAGUGCAGUAAAGUUUGCAGGCUCAUACUCUAUCUUGAACCAACAAUAGCAACAUUAACCAGAGAUCCUUGUAAGAAGCUUAUCUGAGCUGGUUCGCUGCAAGUCGGUUGAGAUUAAAAUUAACUGAGCAGAACAAAAGGCCAAAAAAGAGGCUGUUAUUGGCUGUUCAGCCUAAAACUCUGGCCAUAUGAAGUGCUGGAAUGUUUAACAUAAGAUUGGAAGGAAUGCACAUAUUAAAAUUCUUUGCUUAAGAUUUAUUGGCUUGGCCUCAGGAGGUGGGACUCCUCAGGGCGAGUUUGGCAAGGAGUGUAACCUAGAAAUAGUGGCUGAGGCUGGAAAAGGAGAUACAGGAACAUAGGAAACUGUCUAAUACAGAGUCUGACCAUUGGUCCAUCUAGACUAGUGUUGUCUGCACUGAGUGGCAGCAUCUGUCCGGGAUGUUAGGCAGGGAAUCUUUCUCAGAUGCUGAGGAUUGAACCUGCAUACUAAAUUGAUGCUCUACCGCUCUGCUAAAAAUGGCAGCUCCUUUUUCACCCUCACUGGUCCCAUCUGCACUAUACAUUUUAAAGCAGUAUUAUGCCACUUUAAACUGUCAUGGCUUUCCCCCAGAGAAUCCUGGGAACUGUGGUUUGUUAAGGGUGCUGCCAAUGGACCAUUCAUCCUACCCCAAUAGUCGGCCACCAUCCCAUGGCCAAUGAACAUGCUCAGUCCUCAACUGACUGGUUUUUUUAGGCUGGGCAUUAUGGGAAAUAAAGGAGGAAGAAGAGAGGAUGAGAAUCCUUGAAGAUCUAAUGCAGACCUAUGAAUCAUGGUCCGGCACAAGCCACCAGUUCAAAUCUUGCCUUGGCCAUGAACUUGCUAAGGUUGCGGUAGGACAGCUUAUGAAUCUCUCAGCCUCAACACCCCCCAUUCAGUUUCCUAAGUGGGCUGAUUGUGUUGGCAUAGUGGUACCUCGGGUUAAGUACUUAAUUUGUUCCGGAGGUCCGUUCUUAACCUGAAACUGUUCUUAACCUGAAGCACCACUUUAGCUAAUGGGGCCUCCUGCUGCUGCCACACCGCCGGUGCACAAUUUCUGUUCUCAUCCUGAAGCAAAGUUCUUAACCCAAGGUACAAUUUCUGGGUUGGCGGAGUCUGUAACCUGAAGCGUAUGUAACCUGAAGCAUAUGUAACCAGAGGUACCACUGUAUUCUAGUGCUGUGCAGAAAUCUGCUCUCCAGUUUCUUGCAAGUGCUUUCUCCCCUCUGUGAAAGAAACUUCAAUUUUCCUGCCUCAUUCUCAGGGUGCUUGGGAGUUUCUUUAUAAUGUGGGUCAGUGUGCGGUUUUGAGAUUAUUUUAUGGUUCAGAGAUAAGAGAUAUAUGUGUGUUUCUUUCCGGUAAAGAUUUCUCCAGCACUCCGCAACCUUCCUAGCUGCCCACACUUCCUGACCUGGAAAAAUCCCAUGGGAGGCAUUACCUCAUGUUGUCUCCUCCUGGCUUUUGGUCUGAAGUAUGUGAAUCUGGGAGAACUGCAGAAUGGAGCUGAUUUGUAAAACGAAAGGACACUCUUGCAGACACCAAUUCUCUCUCCUUGUUGAUAGUUUCCCCUUUUUUAGGGUCAAUUGCUGGAGAAUGGUUUCGAGUGGAUGGGAAAUGCAGGGGGAAUUUUUGGCACAGCACUUAGGAGUGUUUGAAGAGCUUUGAAGGCAACAGUAGCAAACAGAGGAGGCGAAUUUCAGUUUUAUAGACAGACACAGAAGUUUAGUUUUGCUUGGGAGUGUAACUUGUUUUGUUGAACUAGGGUAGGCUUUCCCAAUCUUGGGUCUCCAGCUGUUUUUUGACUACAUUUCCCAUCAUUCCAGUCCACUGGUCCUGCUAGCUAGGGAUGAUGGGAGUUGUAGUCCAAUAACAGCCGGAGACCCCAGUUUGGGAAACCCUGAUGAGAAUUUUGCAUGUUCAGGGUGCACCAAGGCCAUACUACAGGUCUCCAAAAGAAAUCUCUGAGCAGAUGAUAUGGGCCCAGGUAAGCAACUGGGAGCAGAGUGGGUAGCUGCUUGGUAGCUGCCAUUUGAAGUGCUGGGUGGGAAGGCAGGUGCUUAAAUCAACCUCUGCCCACAGCUCGGGCCUGGCAUUUGCUGGAAGAAGCUGUGGUCUGGGGCACGUUCCCCGAACUCAUGCACAUCUGCUGAAUGCCUCAGUCUGCCUUUGCCAACGCUACUGCUUGCUCAGUCUUCAUGAACAUGUGUCCUACUCGCCUCUGUUGAUCACACCCUCCUUUAAAAGUGUUAUUCUUUCUUGCUCUCUAAGCUGUUAAUCAUGCAGUGAUUAAAUUCCUUGGCAGUGAUGUGUUCCAGGGGGAAAGAGAUGAUAAUAGACCAGGCUUGAACAAGCUUGCAGCAAACAUGCCCGGCUCCUAUAAUUAUUUUAUUUCUCUCCACCCCGGCUCGUGAGCAAUCAUCUCUGUGUUUACAGUUGGUAGGGGAGGGGUAAAUGAGGAGGAGGACGAGGAUGGGAGGGCAGAAAAACCUCUUGGCAAGCUUAAGAACUAUCAGCAGCUGAGUGCUUUGAUGCGCUCUGCAAUUAGGAUUCCAAUUAGUGUUUCAGCUGAUGGUUCCACCUAAAAUGACCUACACCAAAGUUCUUUCUGAAAGCCCUUUGCUUGGCCCCUUCUAUUGUGGGCAGAAUUAACAGACUUGCUUUUCCUAGCUGAUGGGGAAGCAAUGGCAAAGGAUGCAACCUUUAGCAGUGGCGACACCCUAUUGCUUAGGAACAUAGGAAACUCCCUUAUAUACCAAGUCAGAACAGUGGUCCAUCUAGCUCAGCAGAGAGAGACCUUAGACUGGGAGGUCAAAUGCAAGCUUCCACGUCUGGCACUCAGGACUGACCCCUGGGCCCAGCCCCACUCCACACCCUCUUGAAGUGCUUUUGCAAGUGCUCUUGAACUCGAUAAUGUCUCUUGGUUUCCUGGAGGGAUGUGGGGUGUUUAUAUUGUAGAAAGAAACCUCUGCAUUCACAUGGCUGCAGCAUAGCCUACAGAAAAAAUGAGUCGUGUUCUUUGCUCUGCCCAUUGGUUGCCUCUGGAAGGUUGCCCCUGAAGAAAGACAGUCCUCUGUGGAUGUGAAAGUUACCUCAUCUCUGGUCUUCACUGACCGGCUGCAGCUCUCAAGGGUUCUUGACCUGGUUCUUUCCUCUUCCUAACUGGAGAAGUCAGGGAUUGGACCUGGAACCUUCUGCCUGCAAAGCAUUGCUGAGCUACAGCUUUGUCAAUCUUGGUUAAAAACUAGGUCUUCGGGGUUACAGUCUGUUGUAUCGUCAACAUGUGCCUAUUGCAUCUGUAAUUGCCUAUACAAAAUGUGGACCCUUAGGGCUGAUUCUCACAUUUAAUUGAUAUCUCAAAGUGAAUCCUUCCCCUUUCACUUCUGGUAGUUUCCCCAUUGGAGUGGGGAUAGAGGUCAGUUUUGGAAAGGGCACAUCAGCUGCUGAUCUCCCUUGUUGCCUCAAAAUAAUAUACAGUGGUACCUCGGGCUAAGACCUUAAUUCGUUCUGGAGGUUCAUUCUUAACCUGAAACUGUUCUUAACCUGAGGUACCACUUUAACUAAUGGGGCCUCCCGCUGCCGUCGCGCCACCAGAGCACGAUUUCUGUUCUCAUCCUGAAGCAAAGUUCUCAACCUGAAGCACUAUUUCUGGGUUAGUGGAGUCUGUAACCUGAAGCGUCUGUAACCCGAGGUACCACUGUAUUGUGGUACUCUGGGCAGCAGUAUUCUUGACAGCAGAUGUGAACAGCAGCAACGAUUUCUAUAUUGGCUAGAGGUGGACAAAAAAAGAAAGUAUGAGAGAUGCUGUGGAGCAAGUGUCCUGUGCUUGUGAUAGGUACCAUGGUUUCUCUUUUUCCUAAUGUCAUUGGCUGGACUUUGAAGUAGUUGUCCAAAUAGGAUGAGCUGGAGGGUCCUCAAAUUCAGCAGGACCAGGUUACCAAAUUUUGAAGUGAGUAAAUAAUUAGCCCAAUUCCAUCUGAAAAGCCACCACCACAAAACCGUUAGGCAACUCUGUACCUAUUCUCUCUGUGUAAAUUCAUUAGAUUGGCAUGACAGCCAUUCCCAAUCCCUUAGAACUUUCCCCACCUGAAAAUUCUAUGCACCCUUUGUUGAACGGAAUGCAGUGUGAGCUCCUGCCAAAAAUCCGGACCUGAUCUUUCCCAGGAUUCUCUCUAGAGAGGAUCCUUCCUCUCUCAGGGAAAGAAAUCCAAGUUCAACUGGUAUGAAAUCUUUAUUUUUUAUUUUUUAUUUUUAUAAGAUAUUUAUUAAGAUUUUUUAAAAUAUUACAAUAAAAAUGGGAAAAAAAUGACAAAAAUACAAAAUAAAAAUAGUUAAAAACACACAGAUUUUCCAUUACUUAUUUUCCUUUGACUUAUUUCCCGGACCUCCUCAUACCUCCCUUUUUUGUAUUCCACUUCAAUCUGUUGGUUCAGCAAAUCCUUUAAAAGUAAUAAUAUUAAAUUUUUACCUAUUUAUAACCCUUUUUUCAUAUUCCCUUAAAGCAUUACAGCUGGAAACCACUUAAUUACUAUCCAACAUCAUUCUAACAUUCAUUAAUUUUACAAUAUUUCUGUAGAUAAUCUUUGAAUUUCUUCCAAUCUUCUUCCACCGACUCUUCUCCCUGGUCUCGGAUUCUGCCCGUCAUUUCUGCCAGUUCCAUAUAGUCCAUCACCUUCAUCUGCCAUUCUUCCAGAGUGGGUAGAUCUUGUGUCUUCCAAUACUUUGCAAUGAGUAUUCUUGCUGCUGUUGUGGCAUACAUAAAAAAAGUUCUGUCCUUCUUUGGCACCAAUUGGCCGACUAUGCCUUUAGAAUCUUUAGAAGUCCAUAGUAUGGGGGACUUACCCAAGCAUUCAUACCAUAAGCAAUUCUUGGUUCUCAUACUGCUGUCAGCAAACCUCUGAGGAACCUAUGGUUGGGUCUGUCUCCUUCUUAGGGAUGCAGAUGGACCAGUCUAUUUCUUAUGUUGAUUUUACAUGUAUUCAAUCCAUUCCAUCCCAUUUUUGUAUCAACUCGCCAUUAAAAAACCCCUCACCAGAUAGAGAUUUGCAUGAUUUUAAACAUAUCUCCAGGGAUGCGGGUGGUGCUGUGGGUUAAACCACUGAGCCUAGGACUUGCUGAUCAGAAGGUCGGCAGUUCGAAUCCCCGCGACGGGGUGAGCUCCUGUUGCUGGGUCCCUGCUCCUGCCAACCUAGCAGUUCGAAAGCACAUCAAAGUGCAAGUAGAUAAAUAGGUGCUGCUCCAGCAGGAAGGUAAAAGGCGUUUCCGUGCGCUGCUCUGUUUUGCCAAAAGUGGCUUAAUCCUGCUGGCCACAUGACCCGGAAGCUGUACGCCGGCUCCCUUGGCCAAUAAAGCGAGAUGAGCGCCGCAACCCCAGAGUUGGUCACGACUGGACCUAAUGGCCAGGGGUCCCUUUACCUUUACCUUAAACAUAUCUCCCUCUCACAAAAUGCACAUUUUUGUUUGCAUUUGAUUUUUAUUCUGAAAUAUGCAUAUAUUUUUCCUAUGCAUGUUUGGCACGGUUUUUGAAGCAAGGACUCAAGGACAUCUGCGUUCCAAUUCAUGAGUUGCUUUGGGAAGUUGGGUUGGGUUGCUUUGCUUUAAAAUGCCAUGAUGAAAUCCUUGAGCAUCACUGCUCUUGACUAUUACAACCUUUUUGUGCUUCCUUCCAAAUACAGGUUUUUUUUUGGUUUUUUUAGCAUUACACCAGGUGUGUGUGUGUGUUUCACUCAGGCAUGCCAAACCCUGCAAAUGUCAACACUGCAAUUAAAAAGAGACACCACAAAACAGCCACUAGGUCUAACUUGUCAAUCAUUACCAGGAGGAUGUAAACAGAGCUAUGUCUAUAUAUAUUAUAUCUGAAGCACACUGUUUAGAUUGUUGGAUGGCAGUGAUGGUGGGAGAGAAGCUGUAGAGUUGAAAUUCUUGUCGCUGGAAUUUUUUUUAAGUUUAACACCACUUUUGGAGAUGUUUCAUUUUGCUGUGCUAUUUGGUAACUUUGCAGUGGUUAAUAUUCAGCCUUGCUUCUUCAAAGGCAAAUAUUUGGAAUGGAAGGCAGAGAAGCAAAUAAAUUUCUGAUAAUAAAAAGCCAAAGAAAAUAAAACCCUGAUGGUCAAGUGAACUGAACCAUAUUGCUAGAACAGACAGUAAACAGAUAUAUUUCCUUAUCUUUGCUUGAUUUCUACUUAAGUUUAGUUUCAUUUCAGUGGACGCACCAUCAACUUAAACAGACAAUCUGUAUUUUGAUUACUAACGUGGUUUGCCAGCUUUCUUUAAAAACUUCUGGCCUUGCUCAUGUGCCUUUAACAGCUGCCAUUCAGGCAGACGUCUUGGUGGUAAGGCUUUUCCGGCCAUGGAAAUGUGAUGGGAAAAGCCUUCUAUUAGUCAGACUGUUGUUUAAAGGUGUAAGAAUGAAGCGAGUAGGGGGAAAACCCCCAGCAAUCUUGUCACAUUUGUUGUUGUUGUUUAGUUGUUUAGUUGUGUCCGACUCUUCGUGACCCCAUGGACCAGAGCACGCCAGGCACUCCUGUCUAUUGGAGUCUCAGCUUCAGGAUCUGUCCUUCCAGUGAGCACUCAGGGCUGAUUUCCUUCAGAAUGGAUAGGUUUGAUCUUCUUGCAGUCCAUGGGACUCUCAAGAGUCUCCUCCAGCACCAUAAUUCAAAAGCAUCAAUUCUUCAGCGAUCAGCCUUCUUUAUGGUCCAGCUCUACUGGGAAAACCAUAGCUUUAACUAUACGGACCGUUGUUGGCAAGGUGAUGUCUCUGCUUUUUAAGAUGCUGUCUAGAUUUGUCAUUGCUUUUCUCCCAAGAAACAGGCGUCUUUUAAUUUCAUGGCUGCUGUCACCAUCUGCAGUGAUCAUGGAGCCCAAGAAAGUAAAAUCUCUCACUGCCUCCAUUUCUUCCCCUUCUAUUUGCCAGGAGGUGAUGAGACCAGUGGCCAUGAUCUUGUCACAUACUCCUGGAUAAAUCCUCUUAAUUGUUGGCAAUUUUCUGCCCAGUUCCCAGUAUUAUAAUAAUAAUAAUAAUAAUAAUAAUAAUAAUAAUAAUGUUUUCCUUUGGAAGUGCUGUGGAUGCCUCAUGCAGUCUACUGCCUGAGGGUUGCCUCCCAAUUACAGUUUGUUCAGAGCAGAUGCCUUGAAAUUAAUGGACCUAAGUUAGGCUCCAUCUGCACUAUACAUUUAAAGCAGUAUCGCACAACUUGGGUUUCCUCCAGUUUGCUAGGGGUGCUGAGACUUGUUAGAACAUCCCUUUCCCCCUGCAUAGAGCUGCAAUUCCCGAGUUCCUUGAGAAGAGGGAUGGAUUGUUAAACCACUCUGCGAAUUGUAACUCUGUGACUAGGGGUCUCCUAACAACUCCCAGUCCUGAAUUACUGGCCACCUCUGUUUUCAAACAAAAAGAGGCAAACGAAUAUGAGUUUGGAAACACAAAGAGUAUGAAACAUGAAUUUAGGUUGCAUUAGCAGCAGGGGAAGCGCCAGUCAGGCCUUCGUGAUCUGUUUGAUUCCUGGGUUUUCCAUCAUCCUGCGUAGUAGGUCAACAGAUCUAUCAUAUUUUACAAGGGAGAAAGAAUUAAGGACAAGUUGUUCUAGGCUUUGGAAACCAAAAUCAGAUUCAUAGACCUUCUGUUGUCCAUUGCAGCUUACAUCAAACAGUGCCCUCUAGGUAUUUGCUCGUUUAAAAAAAAGCCGUUUCGGUUGUGAAUUUACUGCAAAUGGAGAAAUUUGCAGACGCAACUGCUCUGUUCUUUUCUUUCUUUUGGAGAAUGACUCCAUUCCAUUCCAUUCCCUUGUUGUUAUAAGAAAGGAUUUUUUCCCUAAGUUGCGUUAUCUUAAGCUCACUGAGUUCCUGAAGCUAGGACUACCGUAACGUUCUCAAAUUCAGGGAAUUUGGCAGUAGCUUUGCAGCAUUACAACAUUUUGGAUGUUGCCAUUUGAAGGAGAAGUGUUAAAUAAAAAUAGAAUCUGUACAGAACGUGGAAGAGUGGGGUAUAACAACAGCUGAGUGAAGAAUCUGUGGACACAGUUCCCAUUGCAAUUAUUACAAGCUGUUUGGCCAAAGUGAGUUCACUGACCGGGGGUGGGGUGGGGGGUUGAUUUUGAUGGGGACAGAAGAGGGGGGAGUGACUUUGAAAAUCCAGUUUGCUUUCAAGAGACUGUUUUUCAUGACCAAUUUUAGAAGUAGUAAGUGGUGGUGUAAAAAAAAAAAAAUGAAGAAGAAGAAGCCCAAAUAUGCACAGAGAAUGACCCCACAAUAAUGGAUAUUUUGGCAAAGAAAGUAUGGGGUAGAGGUAAGACGACUACAUGUUGAGCAAAUCAUGCCCCCCUCCCUUUGUUUAUUUGAAUUCCGGCAGUCUCUUACUAAGAUUUGCUGUUUUUCCUGCUGUGGUGGUGUUGUUUUUUAACAAAAAUUAAUACAAGGGAGGCUUACAAAAGAGCAAAUUUUCCAUUAGAUGCAGCAAUAUUUCAUCUAGUACGCAGAGACAGAGAUGGUGACAAGGCCAGCUGUAGGUUUCAAGAAGCCCUCAGCAAAACACUCUCUGCUCCUGGUGGCUCUGAAUGUAGUUGGGCAGGGUUGGUGGACGGCAGCAAUAUUGCAGCAGGUGCCAGGCAACUUGAAACUGUUUAAAUGUUCCACGGUGCCUUGGAGCAGUGCUACGUACAUUGGGAGCACUGUGGAUAAUUAAAAGUGGAGAAGCACUGAGACCCAUCCAUCUAAUACAGAAGGCCUCCGGGCUGGACAAUGCUGGCACCAGAACAGCUGCCCACAGAUGUUGUGUGCUGAUUCUAUGCCUGUCUGGUGUAUUCGAUCUGAUGGUUCCUGCACUAUAUCUCACCUCCAUGGUCAGGGCCAGUAAUGCUUCUGAAUGCUAGCUCCUGGAAAUCGCAGGCGAGGAGAGCACAAUUAUGCUUGGGUCCUGCUUUCAGUUAUUCAUCUGAUCCAUCCACUGCAAUUAUUAAGUUUGCAGAUGAUACCAUCAUAAUGGGUCUAAUUACAGAUGGAGAUGAAUCAGCGUAUAGGGAGGAGGUUCAAAAAGUCUCCACAUGGUGCCUAGAGAACAACUUGCACCUAAAUAUCAGCAAGACAAAGGAGAUGGUGUUGGAGUUUUGGAGGAAGAGAGGGGAACUAGCCCUGUUGUAUAUCGGGGGGGCUGUGUGGAGAGAGUCUCUUCCUUUAAAUUCCUGGGAGUUUACCUUAGUGAAGACCUCACUUGGAAAAUCAGUACAACCCAGGUGGUUAGGAAGGCCCAACAGAGAGUCCAUUUCCUCAGGGUCUUGCGAAAGAACAAUGUCAAACAAAAAUUGAUUAUCUCCUUCUAUCGGGCCACAAUAGAAAGUGUCCUUUCAUACUGUAUUACAGUGUUGUACGCUGGUUUGACAGCCACGGACAGGAAGGUGGGGGUGAAUACAGCCCAUGAUAUCAUGCGCUGUCCCUGGAGUUCGCUAGAUGACAUCGUGGGAGACCGCUGCCUCAGGAGAGUGAGGAAAAUUCUUAGGGACAACUCACACCCUGGCCAGCACCUCUUUAAUCUCCUACCUUUGGGCAGGAGAUACAGAAGUAUAGUCAGCUGCACCAACAAGUUAAAGAACAGUUUUUAUCCAUGGGCUGUUGGGCUGCUGAAUGGAAAAAAAUAGUGGUGCAAUUGACUUCCGACAAGCACACAGAGCAAGAACAACACUGCGUGUAUGGGGGGGACGGGACUCAUUUAAUUUCACUGCACACAGGUGGUGUAGUGACAAUAAAGGGUUUAUUAUUAUUUUCCACAAGCAUCUGGGUGGCCAUUGUGAAAACAGAAGGCUGGGCUGGACGGGCUGUUGACCUGAUCCAACAGGCUCUUCCUGUGUUCUUAUUCUGCCACCGAUAACAACAAUUCCCACCAAUUUUAUGUUAUGCUUAAAAAAGUCCCACAUUUUGUAAGUCAUUUAGAGACUCUUGACUGUGUACACACCAUACAUUUAAAGCACCCCCUUCCCCACUUAUUAUUAUUAUUAUUAUUAUUAUUAUUAACAAUCAGAACUGGAGUUUACCCUACUCAGAGCUUCAUUUCCCAGUACCUUUAACAAACUACAGUUCCCAGUAUUAUUUUUUUUGGAAUGUGAUUUAAACGUAUGAUGUAUUUGAAGCCUUCAUGUAGCAAGCAACUAAUAAAUUGAAUAAAUAACAAAAACCUUAAGCCUCACUUCAGCAAGGCAGAUGUAAGACACUUGCCCUGGACUUUCCAUGCUGGGUGGCCAUUUUGUUUUCCCAUAAUGCCCCAGAAUAGGGACACUAAGUCCAGGGGAUGGUAGUGCCCCCCACUAAGGGGCACUUGAAUAAGCAUUUAUAUAUUGCAAUGCACAUGUGAGCCUUAUUGGAUUGCCUAAAUGUGAACAGGGAUGUACACACACGUACAUCUGCAAUUCAGGGCCGCCAUUACAGCAAGCUGUCGGUCUAAACCCAGCCACUCACAACGUUUUAAAAACUUUUCCCCCAAAGUUGAAAUAGGAGCACCAAAAUAGGACCAUAUACCGAAAAAUACAGAUUCUCCAAAGAGACAAUUGGUGAAACAUACAAAUUUUGGGAGAAGAAUGUAUCAUUAAGGCAAAACAACAGUGUGACAUUUCCCUCUCUGUCUCUGUAAACCAGAAUGCACACAUAGCAUCAGUGAGUCACAGUUUUUGAAAAUGGAAUAUGGGUCAAGAAACUACCCAAGUGAUCUUGGUUUCUGUUUUUUUAAAAAAAUAUUGUGACCAGGCCAGAACAUGUUCUUUCUGGCAAGACUUCUUCAGGUUGCAUGAAUUCCAGGAAGACAUUUGUUGGGAAGGUUUCACUGUUUUGAAUUUUCACUGACCUGUUUCCUUUAAUAGCUUGGUUGUUGGCCCUGGCCUAAUAUAGGGUUUACACCUUGCUUGCCCGUGUAGCCAUGGUGAUGCUGAAACUAAUACAGAGAGGAUGAACAGGAGUGUAGGGCCUCAAGGUUGAUCUUCUCUGUUUCUCCUUGUAUGGCUGUCAUCAGAAAGAUGGCUGCCAUUUUGGGAGACAGGAGUUUAUAUAUGAAUGAGGAAGGUGACGUUUGAAACCACUUGUGGCUUCGUGGUAAAUUGAACUGAGGCCUAUUUGAACGCUAACUGUGAAGAGAGCCAUGACAAAUUCACCAUCGUACAUUUUGUUCCAGUGUUUUGUGAGCUUUUAUCCAAAUCAUGUGCCUUUUACUUAAACCACAAAGCUUUAAGAUGGUCCUAACAAGAACAAAAAGGCUUAUGGCACAAUAUUUUAUGGAUGACGCCACGCCUGGUGAAUUCUCCAAAACGAUGUCCAUGUGCAUAAAAAAAGCCCCAGGAAAAAAAUGCCUGCUUGUAUAAGAAAUUAGCCAUGUACCUGAACUUCAGCAAGGAGGAUACCUGUCUAAUCUCAGUUGAUAGGAAGUUUCACAGGCCCACUAAACUGAAUUCACCACAUUAUUGUUAACAACAUGGGGGACCCUCCCACCUGCCACCUUCUUUCAUGGUAGGUGGAGGAAAUACCGUAUUUUUUGCUCUAUAAGACUCACUUUUUCCCUCCUAAAAAGUAAGGGGAAAUGUGUGUGCGUCUUAUGGAGCGAAUGCAGGCUGCGCAGCUAUCCCAGAAGCCAGAACAGCAAGAGGGAUUGCUGCUUUCACUGCGCAGCGAUCCCUCUUGCUGUUCUGGCUUCUGAGAUUCAGAAUAUUUUUUUUCUUGUUUUCCUCCUCCAAAAACUAGGUGCGUCUUGUGGUCUGGUGCGUCUUAUAGAGCGAAAAAUAUGGUAUCUUUUGGAGGCUUAGGAACAUAGGAAGCUGCCUUCUACUGCGUCAGACUGCAGCUCAGUAUUGUCUACCCUGAUGCACAGCAUUUCUUCAGGGUUUCCAAGACAGGCUUCUCUCCCAGGUCUACCUGCAUUCAAAGCAGAUGAUCUACCCCUGAGCUAAGGCCUCUUCCCUGAUGCUCCCAGACGCUGAGUUCUCAUAACAAAUCUAUUUGCUCGUCACAAUUUAUGAGACGCCAGUCAUUGCAAAGCAGUCCUGAGGCAACUGUCUGAGGCCUAAUCCAGGCGCCUGAAGAACCAAAGGAGCCUUUUCCUUUCAGCUUCCCUGGAUGUUCUGCCAGUCCAGUAAUAAUAACCAGCAGCAGAUGUGAAUCUUUCAUGGCGUGCGAGAGAAAGGGCUGGGUUGGGGAUUGCAAGGCACAUUCAUGGUCCACCCCAACCCCCCUUGAAGAUAGAUCUCUCAGCUUGGAGCCAGUUUCUUGAAAAAUGAGAAAAGUUUUCUCUAGUGUACAUGUUUAACCUUCUUUUCUUUUGCCAUCAGGGGAGACUGGCUCCACGUUGCUUUGUGUUACCCAAAGGGAACAGCGUUCACUGUUGUGGGGGACAUUUACCAGCGGCAGACGGGGAGAGCGCACAGCGUCAUGCGCUACCAGGCAGCCUCAUCCCACCAUAGUGUGCUGAAUGGGACUGAUGAACGGCUCUUUUAUUUCGACAACACAUCAGGGUGAGUGAUCCUGUCUACCUGGCACCGUUUCCUUUGCCGUUAGUACUGCCAGUGAGUUGCCAAGACCUGUAUUGCAUGCACCUAAUCCCUGUCAUCUGAGAAAACAUAAAGAAAAGAACAUAAGCUGCCUUAUACUGAGUCAGCCUGUUGGUCCUCUCCAUGGUUUCAGAUAUAAUAAUAGUAAUAAUUUAUUAUUUAUACCCCGCCCAUUAAAAUACUGUAAUCCAUCAAACAUUAAAAGCUUCCCUAAACAGGGCUGCCUUCAGAUGUCUUCUAAAAGUCUGGUAGUUGUUGUUCUCUUUGACAUCUGAUGGGAGGGCGUUCCACAGGGCAGGCGCCACUACCGAGAAGGCCCUCUGCCUGGUUCCCUGUAACUUGGCUUCUCGCAGUGAGGGAACCGCCAGAAGGCCCUCUGUGCUGGACCUCAGUUGUCCGGGUAGAACGAUGGGGGUGGAGACGCUCCUUCAGAUAGCUCUGUCAGUCCUACCUGGAGUUGCCAGGGAACCUUUUGCAUACACAACACAAGUUCCACCCCUGAGCCAUCGCCCUUCCCUAAAGAGCACAGAUGUAUCAGGUCAAUCUCUACCGCCAAUGGGCCAUGGUUCACAGGCAAACUUGUGUGCCCUAUUCCCCAGCAUCACUUUCAGGGGCCUGUGUGUCAGGAACUCCUGCAUGGGCGGUCUUCUCCAUUUGCAUUGGUGGAGAAUCUAUAGCAGAGAAAUCCCCUCUGUGCACUGGAAGCCCAGAGCAAUCGACAGAUUUGUAAUGUGCCAGCUAUUCCAUUCCAAAUCUCCCUUGCUACCCCUUCUCCUAAAUAUAGACAUGAUGUCUCUGUUUCGUAGGGAGCCUUAGGGUUGCAUUUUCUUCUGCCCAUCCCAGAAGCUGCAUUUGGAGAUGUGGCUGUUUAGAAGAAGGCCAUUCUUCAGAGUGGAAUACUUUACUUCCACCCCAUAGAAAUGAAUGGCACCUAUUUUCUUGUGUGCCCGAUAAAGUUUCAAAGAGGCAAAAGCAUAGACAACACAAAGCUCUGUCUCGUUCAGCAUCCUUCUUUCCACAUUGGCCAACCAGUCACCUGUAGGAAGCCCACCAGUGAAACAUGAAGGCGGCUUGCCUUUUCCUGCUGCUGUUCCCCAGCAUCUGAUAUUCAGAGAUGCACUUCAUCUGAAGGUGGAGCUUCCAUUAACAGCCUUUUCCUCCAUGAAUAUGACCAGAAGGGCUGUAGUUCAUUGGUAGAGCAGUUUCCUCGAAGGCAGAAGGUCUCAGGCUUAGUCCCUGCAGUAUCCCCAGGUAGGUCUGAAACCCUGGAGAGCUGCCAGUCAGUGUAGACAAUACUGAAUUGGUUGCUCAGUAGUCUAGCUAUGUUCUUUUGUCUUCCUAGCUUUGAAUGCCAUUUAUUUAUUUAAGCUGGUGACCAUCACCACUUUGAGUAUAUUGAAUCUGAUGUGAGAUGCCUAAUCUGGGUUCAAACGUUUGCAAUAAACUUUAGAUGGAAAAAUGGUCUCCUGUCCAUUUUUCCAUCUAAAGUUUAUUACAAACAUUUGAACCCGGACCACUACAUUUCCUACUCUUUAAAGGUAAAGGGACCCCUGACAGUUAAGUCCAGUUGCAGACGACUCUGGGUUUGUGGCGCUCACCUCGCUUUACUGGCCGAGGGAGCCAGCGUUUGUCCGCAGACAGCUUUCCGGGUCAUGUGGCCAGCAUGACUAAGCCACUUCUGGUGAACCAGAGCAGCUCACGGAAACGCCGUUUACCUUCCCGCCAGAGCGGUACCUAUUUAUCUACUUGCACUUUGAUGUGCUUUCGAACUGCUAGGUUGGCAGGAGCAGGGACUGAGCAACGGGAGCAGACUCUGUCGCAGGGAUUCAAACCGCCGACCUUCUGAUCGGCAAGCCCUAGGCUCUGUGAUUUAGACCACAGCGCCACCCGCAUCUACUCUUUACUUAGCCUUUAAUAGUUCCCCCUGCUUUCGGUAUGCUGAAUAUAUUUUAGCAUAACAAUGAAUUAAGUAUCUCUUUUUGCUGUUUUGUAUGCUUUGGGUUGUAUCUGAUAUUUGUCAUGCUCUUGAGAUGACCCACUGACAUUAAUGGAUGUGACUAAUUUAGCUCCUGCUCAUUUCAGCGGAUCCAUUCAGAGUAUAACAAGUCCAUGUUUAGUGUGUGUGUGCAUGCACGUGCCAUUGGACAGAAUUAGGGUGAUAAUGAUAAUAUUGAGCAUUUGUAUAGUCCAUCAAAGUGUUUAGAGUCUUUCGCAUGCAUAGUCUAGUUGCAAUCCUUACAGCUACUGCGUAAGGUAAAACAGUAAUAUUAUUUUCCAUAUUGCAGAGUUUGGGGAUGGAACUGAAGCAAAGAGGGCUUACCUAAAUCUAUUACUGAGUUCAUGGCAGAGAUGAAAUUUGAACUGGGGACUUCUUGUUUUGGAGGGAAGUUUCCUUAGCAUUCCCCCAGCAUUCAGUAGGGUCUCACUUGACUUCCCUGGUGUCUCAAGACAUUAAAAGCCGUGCAUGCUCCUAUUUUGUGUAGGCUGGGAGCUCAUUCUUGUCCAUGCUAAAAUGUAACAGAAGAUCACGGUUUUAAUAUGUAUUAAAACUGUCUUAGUGAUGGUGCAAGCAAUAAAGAUUAGUACAUGGGUAGGCAAACUAAGGCACGGGGGCCGGAUCUGGCCCAACCACCUUCUAAAUCUGGCCCACGGACGGUCCAGGAAUCAGCGUGUUUUUACAUGAGUAGAAUGUGUCCUUUUAUUUAAAAUGCAUCUCUGGGUUAUUUAUGGAGCAUAGGAAUUCGUUCUUUUUUUCUUUCUUUCAAAAUAUAGUCCUGCCCCCCACAAGGUCUGGGGGACAGUGGACCGGCCCCCUGCUGAAAACGGUUGCUGACCCCUGGAUUAGUAGUUACUCUGCUAAUAAACCUGUAUUAGCUCUAAGCUAGCAUAGGGCACACUAAGGUGGCUUAUGCCAACUUAGACUAUUGGUCUGCCUGCCUCUGUCCGCACCUAGGCUGCCAAACAGGGAUUUCUUCCGUGUCUAUCUGGAGAUGCUGGGGACUGAACUUGCAUGCAUAGCAUGUGAUGUACCACAGAGUUACUGUGCUUUCCGUACGGCCCCAGUGCUAUCAUGGCCUAUGUGCUGAACAUGUGUUUAUUUAUGUGUCCCCAAGCUCAGUUAUGAACUUUUGGUGCUUCUCUGGUAUCAAUAAUAAAGAAGCUUACUAAUAAUAGUAACAGCUACAUAUGUUUGGUCCACAGUGUAAACCACAUGCUUGUAGUUAAAUUUUUAUUUUUAAGCCCACUGUGACUGGAGGGGAGACAAUAGAAUCAUCUGCUGAAGUCGGGUUUGGGGGUUUUUUUAAAGGGCAAAUGUACACCGUGUUCAAAAAUGUAUUUUCUGCAUCUGCAUUGCUUCACUCUGACCACGGAAGCUGUGUUCGAUUUGUGAAUGCCGAGUUAAAAAUAGAACCUUGAGUUCUAUGUUUAGACACAACACCAUUGACCCAUCAAGGCUUGGAGUGCAUUGCAUGUCCCAGAUCGGAAAGGACUCUCUUGUACCUGCAACUUUCACAAUGAGAAUUGGGAAAGGCUUGUUUUUGCCUAGUCCUUCCUUGUAGAACUGUAUGUCGCGUUAUCCCAAAUUAUGUAAACUUGUUGUUUACCAGCGUGUGGAUUUUACUAGUUGCAGUUAUUUAUGAGGACGUGUCAUCUGUUGUCCUUAAGAGCUCAGCACAUGGAUUUGAUUAUUACUUUUAUUUAUUUUGACUGUGAUCUGAAUGGAAUCCCAGGGUUCAGCAAGUUUACUAAGUAGCAGCAAAUUACGGCUGGUUUCUUUUCUUUUUUUUUAGGUUAACAGAACCAGGUGAGAUUUUUUUUUUGUAGCUUAUGUUGAGAGUGAAUCUUCCUUUCACUUUUUUCAGGUACAUCUUAAUGCAUGCUAAUAAUCGAUAACACUAUUAAUUGCUUUAAAUCAAUAAGCGAUAUUUUUUAAAAGAGUAUUAAAUUAUCAUUAUUAUCUUACUCAUCCUUCACCAAAAGGUCUCAUGGCAGGUUAUAGCACAUAAAAACAAAACGCAAACCAUAAUCCCCAAAUCAGUCGCCCAUGCAACACUUUACAGCAAGGACACUGAAAUCAAUUCUUCGAUUUUUAAGGGUCAAGAUAAAGAGGUGCAUCUUCAGCAGCCAGCAGGAGCUGAAAAGAGGUGGUGCCAGGUGUCCCUCUAUGAGGAGGGAGUGCCACAUUUUUGGAGCCAUCACUGAGAAGGCCCUGGCAUAAACUACUGUGCGCUCUGCCCUCCAUGCUGAACUUCCAGGAUGUUGUUACUGCUGAUCUUAAUCCCUAGGCUGGUCUAUAGGGAAGGAAACUUCUUCCUAUGUAUCGCUAAGAGAAAGAGUUUCAAACUGGGAAGUCUCUGGGUUUUAAUUUUGCUUCUACCAUGAACUCACUAAGGAUGAAGCCUAGGUUCAAGAUGAUGCAGCAAACCAGAUUCAGGUUUGUUUUGUCUACACUGAGUCAGCCACAGGAGUGGAGGAGGAGUGCUGCAGGAACUCUCUGAGUUGCAUGCAACAGCACACUGCUGCUCAUUCACACUAAACCAUAGCUUUGCUUUAAACUACGGUUUAGUGUGACGUGUGAACUUGACUAGCAACUGUGGUUCAAUUUCCCCCCUUUGUCAUGCUCUUCAUAUUAAUAGGUAUCUCUUUGUCCAACUUCAAGCACAUGAAAUUCGGAAGGGCCACAGCUACUGCUCUCAACGCGGCUGCGAACGCCUUAAGAUAACAGCCUCGAUGCCUGCGGGACGUCCCUGGAGUUGUGCUCCCAAUCCCUUUUGGGAAAAAGACAUCGGAAGGAAAGCUUCACAGCCCGCAAGAAUUCAGCACCAGACUAUGCCUUGCAGUCAAUGUGGGGCUCCUUGGGUACAGUAUAGAGUUCUUCUUUCAUUGGGUGAAUUGGGACAAGGAUAGGUGUUCUAUGGGAAUUCUUGGGGAGAGGUCCCUGGCUCCCAUUGUCCCUCCCUCACAUUGAGGCCCAUUCUGACCAAAAUGCCUGGUUCUUAAGCUGGGGCCUCAGUAUAACAGUCUAAUACAGUCAUACCUCAUGUUACGUCCACUUCAUGUUACGUUCUUUCAGGUUACGUCCUGCGGCAACCCGGAAAUACCGGAAAGGUUUCGCCGCUUCUAUAGGACACAGGGUCCCCUAUACAGUGGUACCUCCGGUUGCGAACGGGAUCCUUUCCGGAAGCCCGUUUGCAACAUGAAAAGAGUGCAACCCGCAGCGGCGUGUCUGCACACGCGCGGGUUGCCAUUCACCGCUUCUGGGUUUCGUCGCUCACGCAUGCACAGAAGCACAAAAUGAUGUCACGUGCAUGCGCAGAAGUGGCAAAUCGAAACCCGCGCGUGUGCAGACGCGCCGCUGCGGGUUGCUCUCUUUUCAUGUUGCGAAAGGGCCUCCGGAACGGAUCCCGUUCACAACCAGAGGUACCACUGUAUAGGGGAUCCUGUGUCCUACUUUAGAGAACAGUCUUCCAUAGUAAGGGCUGAACAAUCCCAAGUCCUGUUUUAAGAUGCAAAACCAGUAAAAGGGAGGGGAGAGUAAGUUUUCCUUCAACACUUAGCAGCACUUGAACUGAGCAGACAGUAACCAAAGGCUACUGAAGCGGUUUGCAGUAAAAUAAGAUGAGAUGCAAAAGACGACUGACUCAGUAAAGAAAAAGCCAUAAAACCAUUUCUACAAUUGCUGAAUUUUUGUUUGUUUUUUCAUAAAAUGACUGGGUCAACCUUCAGUAGCAGCCUUCUUAAGCAAACGUCUUCAAUAGCGGCCUAAAUGUCAAAAUACGAGGUGCUUGUCAAAUUUUAGUUGGUAACUGAUUCCAGAGGAUUGGAGGUGCAACACUAAAAGCCUGGCAUCUAGUACGUACCAAGGACACUUUUGGGGCAUGUGUCACCCCUAGCAGUACCCCAACUGCAAAGUGCAGGGAUAUGUUGUCCGCUGCUACUCUCCUGGGCUCCAAUCCCUGUAAUUUCAUCCUGAAUAUUACUGAAAGUUUUUUUUUUAAUAAUUUCUAGAAUAGUUGUGCAAACUAUACUUCCCUUUCUCUAUUGUACAUGGGAAAUUUCCUUUUGUUGUAGCCAGACAACAGCCCAUGAGAACUGUAUUUUAUACAGAAGAAUUGCAAGUGCAUCCUAAAUAUAUAAUCUGUGGAAAAUACCUUGCUUGCAAGCUCUUAGCAAAUGUAAUUAAAAUUCCUUUGGAAACUUGAGUCCCAGGCAAUUAACAGUUCUUCUGAUUCAAUAAUGCAGUACAGCUAAUCUCCUCAUGCUAAUCCGAGCAAGCUCCUGUUAUUCCUGGAACCUUUUAUUUAUUGAACUAAAUUUACAAGAAAUAAUUGGAAUUGUUAGUUAAAAACAUUUUACAAUAAUAAAAAUUAACUGUAAAAAAAAAGAUUAAAUCACUUCAACAUCUAUGUGGAUAGGCUUGCCUGAACGAAAUUAUUUUAAGCAGGUGUUGAAAGUGCAUAAUGAAGACGCCUUCCUGGUGUCACUAGGCAGGGAGUUCCAAAGUGUAGAUGCUGCCACCCUUAAAAAAAACUAAUUUCUUACAAGUGCGGGACAAGUAAUAUAUGGCACCUGUAAGAGCGCCAGCUCCACAUAUCAAAGAAGUCAAGUGAGCACAUAAGGGGGUCAGGCAAUCCUGCAAGUAAUUGUAUUUACAGUUAUCACUCCAAGUUGACAAAUUGUUAAAAGAUUGUUCUCUCCUCCCUGCACCUUACACUUGUGAAAACAACCCAAGGUGGUAAUUACAGAAUAUCAUUCUUGUACUGAUCCUUAGCUUGCUACAAUCAUCAGAGAUAUUUCUUAGCCUUUCUGCUUUUGUCAUUUUCUCCCCCGUCCCGCAUCUCAGAGUUCGUUGCUUGAAAGGCAGGACCUCCCAUUGCUAUGGCAGACUGAAGAUUAUCCAGAGUCAAACUGGUCUUUGGUUUUCCCCUCCCUCGUCUUGUGCUGAGGCCUUUUCCGUAGGCCCUAUUAGCUAGAGACACGGUGUGGUGGGGUGUUGAUCCAGUGGUCUCCUUUGUGUAUCCCGUGACCCUCCGCCUGAUUUCAGAAAGCUCUCUGCAAGUGAUAAGUUCAGACCUCUGUGUGGGGUGGAAAGGGGCUUGAGGCAGAAAAAGAAACAGCAGGCUUUGGCUGUGUACACACUAUGCCUUGAAAGAACAUCCUUUCCUCAAAGAAUUCUGGGCACUGGAGUUUAAGGGUUGCUGGGAACGCUGGCGGAGGAAGAGGAGUGCGGGGGGAGCGCAGCGCCCCCGGCAGCGCAACCCCGGUAGGGUGCAUCGUGGCUGCCCCCCACCCGCGCUGGGUGCCAUGCCCCCAGGAUGUGCGCCAGCCCCGCCUGCUCUCCGCCCCCUGGUUCCAGAACAUGAAGCUCCGCCACUGGCUAGGAAUGGUAACCCCUCUGUGAGGGGCAAACAACAGUACCCAGAAUUCUUUGAGGGAGAGAAUGUGCUUCCAGUGUGCUCUAAUGGUAUAGUUGUGUAUGCAGCCAGAGAGAGAAGGUGGGCUCACCCACUACUGGGCUUAGCCCUGUCUGUGGUUGGCAUUCGACCCCUGACUGAUCAUCCUUGAAGGAAUGCAGCCCGUGAGAGAAAAACAGUGCCCACCCCUGCCCUACAGGGAAACAGUGUGCUCUGCGGCUGCCAUGAGUGUCCCAAAUUGCAGUUGCGCAAAAUUGCCGCCCUUAAACCAUCUGCAGAAUGAUGCACCCUCUGACUUCAUUUUUAGGAAUAUAAUUGCCACUUUCGGUCAUUUGAAAGGCCUAGUGUUUUGCCUCCUAUGCAGAUAUUGGGUGUGGGGGGAGGGACUUGCAUGAGGGAGCCACACAACAAAUGCCCCUAUUGGCCUGCCCCCAACACUCUGUGAAUCCCAUGCAUAUCCUGGUGUUAAGUCCCUAGAGCUUGCUGACAAAUUUUCCAGUCUGUACAGGAGUCUGUAAACUUGGUUCCUCCAUAUGUGACAGAGUAUAAAUGCAGAUACUGUCAUAUGUGUGGUAUAACUAUUGUGCAGAGGCAACCAGUUCAUAAAACCAGUGCCUUUAUGUGAUCCUUUGCUUGGUUGCAAGCAUUUUGGGGGUGGGUGGGGCUGCACUGCUAGACACACACCCCUGCAGGCUGUUGCAUGUGGUCUGCCAACCUUUUGAACCGAGCUGUUUUCUCUUGAAGUCUCCCAGCAACUGUGAAUGAGGUCGUCACCCUGACCACAGGCAUUCCAUCCCAUGUACUAAUAGCAAAUGCAUUUUCUCUCGGCGCGAAUCCUCUUGUAGCCAAAAUGGCAUACAGGAGGGGGAGGUAUCCACAGGCUUCGGGGGAACCCCAAGGGAUUUGCAGAAGCACAAAAAGAUAAAAAUGGUGAGGAGGGAGAACUGUCAAAUAGGGGUAAAGAGGACUGAGCGUGCUCAGUGGCAUUGACGGUUGGGGGGGCAGCAGAUACAAAACAAGGGGGAGAUAAUAGGAUGGAGUAUCUUGGGAAAGUCCAUGAUUGUCUGGACCCCUGAACAGGAAUAUGGUGGACGCUAAGGUUGCGAACGUGAUCCGUGCAGGAUGCACGUUCACAACCCGCAGUAGUGCGUCUGCGCAUGCGCAGGUUGUGAUUUGGCGCUUCCGCGCAUGCGCAAAGCCACUCCCGAAAUAAGGAGGGGGGGUUGCGGGCUCACACCCCGCCUACAUCCUCGCGGGGCUGGCGGCAGUCCCGCGGGACUCAGGGAAUUCCCAGUCAUCAAUAUUCAUUAGUCACUCCGCCAGCCAAUCGGCUGGCAGUGGGGGUGGGCUUACUAGGGGGCAAUUUAAGGUUGGGGCAGCCCUAGCUCGCCCCUUUCCUUCCUUCUAGCAGCUGCAGUUUCCCACCCACCCACCCUCUAGGACUUUGCUAUGGGCUUCAGCUGCAGUUUCCCACCCACCCACCCUUUGGACUUUGCUAUGGGCUUCGGCUGGUCGCCGUAAGGGGCCUGGUAGGAAUUUUUCCAUUUGGCUAAUUGGCUGUACUUUGGAAGCCACUUGGUAUUUCGCCUACCUCGUAGCAAAACGUCACAACACCUUUGGUUUUGGUGGUUAGGCAUUGGCAGGGGAAUUAUUAUUAUGCAAAUGAGUUGGGGGGGAGGAACGCCAUCACCUCCCCCAAAUGUUGAAGGGUAGUUCGUUAAAGGACUCCGGGGGGCGUCGCCUUGUCCGAAACCUACGGAGGCUAGGGCCUAAAGCGCGCUCCUGAGCGGUAACCCCUUGGGGAGCGCCUAGGGAUGUGCAUCUCGGGGGCUCCCCCUGUUGGUGCUUAACCCUUCACGGUUUUAUACCGAUAGUCUGAUAGGGCCAAUGCCUAAAGCCAAUACCGCUCUUUCCUGUAAUCAAUAAAGUUGUGGCCAUUUUUUGCCCAUUAACCUUAAUUCUGGUGUCCGGUGUCUUUAUUUACUCUAUCUGUGGGAAGGGGCGGGUAUUGCCACGCAAAGCGUGAUUUAGCGCUUCUGCACAUGUCUGACUGCCGAAACCUGAAAGUAACCUGUUCUGGUACUUCCGGGUUUCGGCAGGUCCGUAACCCAAAAAAACGCAACCUGAAGUGUCUGUAACCUGAGGUAUGACUGUACUCCACAGUGUGCCAUUUUGCUACAGGUUGACCUCCAAGGGCUGUCUCUUGAGCUGAGUACACACCAUGCAUGUAAAUCACACUUAAAGCACAUCUAAAGAACACCCUAUACUGCUCCCAAGAAUUCUGAGAGCUGUAGUUUAAGGGUGCUGGGAAUUGUAGCUCUGUGAGGGAGAAUUCUUUGGGUCAAGUCAUGUGCACACUUGGAAGUAUUUUCUUUUAUUUUUGCAGCUAGGCCUGUGUUCAGCCUUUUCUAGAGUAGCCAUUCAUGGUUCUCCACUGCUUGAAAUGGUUUUUAUAUUACCGCACACCACCAUGAUAUUUUACGAGAGGAACAGCACAUAAGCACUUUCAUUCAAAAAUAAAACAAUUUGUUUCCAGCUGUUGGCCGCUGAGGGAGUUACUCUCCCUGAAAUUUGUCUGUCUCUCAGGCUCAAGGUAGCUUUCAGCAGUGUUGAUUUAUCUCAGUCCUUGGUGAUGAUUCCUGCCAACCCCAGCCAGCGUAGUCCAAUGGUUCGGGGGGGUGUAAUGGGGGUCCUAGGGACGCGGGUGGUGCUGUGGGUUAAAGCCUCAGCGCCUAGGACUUGCCGAUCGAAAGGUCGGCGCUUUGAAUCCCCGCGGUGGGGUGCGCUCCCGUUGCUCGGUCCCAGCGCCUGCCAACCUAGCAGUUCGAAAGCACCCCCGGGUGCAAGUAGAGAAAUAGGGACCGCUUACUAGCGGGAAGGUAAAUGGCGUUUCCGUGUGCUGCGCUGGCUCGCCAGAUGCAGCUUGUCACGCUGGCCACGUGACCCGGUAGUGUCUUUGGACAGCGCUGGCCCCCGGCCUUUUAAGCGAGAUGGGCGCGCAACCCCAGAGUCGGACACGACUGGCCCGUACGGGCAGGGGUACCUUUACCUUUACCUUUAAUGGGGGUCCUUGCCUGACAACAUAUGGGAGCUUGCAGGGUUUCACACUGUAACAUCCCAAGGCAAUGAAUGUUGUGUGUUUAAUCUGAGGUGGCAAUUCUUCCUUUAUAAUUGCAGGUUGCUGUUACUAGUACACCUUCAGUUAGAUACCUUCGGAUCCAAAUCCAGUCUGUCAGAAGAGCAAACCUGGAGAACUACUCAAAGGCGGCUUUUAUUAAGGUAUGUGCAAAUAGGUAUGGCAGCUUUACCAAAUGCAUUACAGUGAGAGGCAGAGGGUUAUAGUCGUUUAGAGGGUCAUAUUCAGGCCUGGGAAAAGUGAGCAGUUGUUAUCUCUCUGCCUAGCUUUCGUGUGCAUGCACACUUCUUCAGAUACAAAGAAGUGUAUCUGAAGAAGUGUGCAUGCACACAAAAGCUCAUACCAAUAACAAACUUAGCUGGUCUCUAAGGUGCUACCGGAAGGAAUUUUUUUAUUCUGUUGUGAUUUUUGCAUCGCACACACGCUUCGCGAUACAUUGCCAGGUCAAAAAUUAUGAAACCGAUAUCAUGAUAUGGACUUCAAACUAGCUUUGGAUGAUAUAACCCCACCCUCACCAAGAUGGCUGGAAGGAUAAAUGGGUGGGGUCUGAUGUGCACCAGGGAUGGGCCACCUGUGGCCUUGCAAAUGAUGAUGGACUCAGCCGCCCCCCAUCACCAGUGGUUGGGGAUGAUGGGAGUUGUAGUCCAGCAACUUCUGGAGGGGUUCUCAGUCCUUGUUCCAUUCGGAUUCCGUUCUUAGACCGAGGUAAAGCUCUCAAACCGGGACACUAUUUCCAGUUUUGCGGAGUUUGUAAACCGAAUUGUUCUUAAACAGGACUGUUCUUAAACCGAGGUACCAUUGCAACACACAAAUUUCCCAGACUGUUCCUUGCAUUUGACAAGAGCUUAGUUUAGUUAAGUUCCAACUGUAGACUGGAAACUGCCACAUAGGACCCUUUGAUAUUUGCAUACAGACUGCCUGCAGCUAACUCUUCCCUUUUCUGUGUUGCAGGUCAACGAUGACCUUUUCUUGUUCCAUGGCCAGGGGAUACUUUUCCUGGUUCUAGACGCAUGCUCGGGCGCAGUUGUGAGCCGGCAGCAUGUUGAUGCAGCCGCCGCUUCAAAGGCUGCCAGCACCGUAACCAAUUAUGUUGAAACAGCUAUAAACGAGAGGUGGGUGAUGGGGCAAGAGUUUGCUGCAUGGGGGUGGGGGUUGGCAGGAGGGAAAUGACCUACUUUUUUGCAACUUGAAAUGUAUGCCUGGAAGAAUCUGACGGAAGCUAAUGAAAACUUCAAACUAUGUGUGUCUCAAAAGGCUGCCUCCUAGGUCACGGCGGGUGGAAAUGUAGCGGUGGAAAGCUGGCAGCGACAUAGGAGCUGGCAGCCACUGUAAAGUUAAUGGCUGCUUUUCCACCAAACAAUAGAUAAGAAUGGUUUUUUGUCGUCUUAUUAAGCAUUCUCGAUUCUGUAGCUUUCACCAAGUGCCCAAGUCUGUAAUUUCCCAGCAGCCAAUAAUUCUCUCUCUCUCUUUUUCUUUUCCAUUUCUGAAUCUUGUCCUAUUUAUUCCUGCCAGGUUCCCUUUUCUCUCUCUCCCUCUCUUUUUUGACAGAUUAGAAUCAGAGGUACUGUGCUGCUAGACUUUCCAGUAAAACUUGGUGUGAGAUUUCCCCCACCCCAACCCCAUUUUCUCUCCCCCCCCCCCAGCUUUCUCCUCUUUUUUAACACAAGUUGCCGACUGGACUUGCCCCGUCCGUCUGCCCUGUGGAGUCUUUUUGCAACUUGGAUGUGGAGCGGUACCCUCUCCCUUUCUGCAUCUGUUCCACAUUCCUUGUGGUUUCUUCUGCGUCGCCACAUAAACAUGGAACAACAGAGGUUUAUAGACACACACACAAAAAACCCUGGCUGCAGGCAAAAGCAGGUCAAAUAACCUGAAAACAGAUUUCUCGUCCAGGACGUUCCAAGGCAGUUCAUGGCCGCAGACCUGACUCAUCUGCAGCUAUCACAUCUCAGUGUAUAACUUGCAGUCAUGAGGGGUUGGAAGCACUUAUUAUAGUGCAAUUUGCCCUUGACAUGCAUUCUGUAGCAACGCUGAUGAGGGUUUUAAAUCCAACUAUAAAGGGUUGUGUUCCACAACAGAGCUUCCCCUCUUGGGCACCCUUGGCAUACAUCACACACACACCCCUGGCCCAAAUUUGCUCCAGAGGGUUUGGGGAACUUCCAGAGCAGAUGUCAGGGCGAGGGAAGAGAAAUUCCAUUGUAUAAGCAGAACCUGUGGCUUUUCGAGAAGCAGUCCCCACUGAUGAAUUUAAGGCAGAUGCCAGCGCUUUGGGGAUUCUGACUGCUUUUGAAGACAUAGGUUUGUCGCCAGCUAAGUUCUACUGAGAGUAUUGAAUCUGGUCAUGCUCAUUAAUUUCAAUGGAUCUACUCUUUAGUAUGAAUAAAGUUGGACACAACCCAUUUUUAUUCUGCUAGGCUUUUCUAGCAGGAUAAUCCUGGCCUGGUUGCUAUUUAUUCUGGAACUGUAUAAUGUUGUUUUAAUAGGACUUCAUCUGGUUAUUGCUAUUGUGUUAUAUUUAUUUAUGUUUUGUGCAUCACUUCAAUGUUCUUUUGGAUAUUUAUUAUGAUGAUUUAUUAUCGCUCACUGGGGCAAGAUAGCUUGAGCAUCCUGGCUUGAAUGCAAUGGCUGCCAAUUAGUUUCCAGGCCCAAUUCAAAGUGCUGGAUUUGACCUAUAAAGCCUUAAAUAGCUCAGUACCACAAUAUCUCAAAAGCUGCCUUUUCCCAAUAUGACUUGACCCAGUCCCUGCAAUCAUCACCUGAGACCCUUCUUCAUAUGUCUCCUCUACAAGAGGCCCAGAGGGCGCCAACAUGAGACGGGGCCAUUUCUGUGGUGGCUCCCCUCUUGUGGAAUGCUCUCCCCAGGGAGGCUUGCCUGGUGCCUUUGUUCCAUAUCUUUAGUUGCCAGGCAAAAACGUUCCCCUUCUCUAGGCCUUUGGCUACUUAAACAAUCUAUGGCCUUUUAAACCGUGUGUGGAGGGGGUUAUUGUUUUUCUUGGCUAUUAUGGUAUGUAUUGUUGUGGUAAACCACCCUGUGAUCUUCAGCUGAAGGGUAGUACAAAAAUUUAAUUAAUAAUAAUAAUAAUAAUAAUAAUAAUAAUAAUUAAUAAUAAUAAUAUAUCCUGCCGUUGCUCCCAAAGGAGCCCAUAGCAGCAAGCAAUUAAAACUGCAGCAGCAGCAUCAUAGUUGUUGCUGCCGUUGUCAAUUUUCACAUUUAUUGCACAUUGCAAACACUAUUUGUUAAUAAAGGCUACUAACAUCUUAUGAAUAGGUGCCUGAGAUGAUGUUAUGUAACCUGAGGGAUUCGAACUCGUGACUUCCCAGGUUAAAGCCCAUGCAGUAUUUGCUGCUUUGUACUAAUUCUAAGACACGGGUGGCGCUGUGGGUUAAACCACAGAGCCUAGGACUUGCUGAUCAGAAGGUCGGCGGUUCGAAUCCCAAUGACAGGGUGAGCUCCCGUUGCUCGGUCCCUGCUCCUGCCAACCUAGCAGUUCGAAAGCACGUCGAAGUGCAAGUAGAUAAACAGGUACUGCUCCAGCGGAAAGGUAAACGGCAUUUCCAUGCGCUGCUCUGGUUCGCCAGAAGCGGCUUAGUCAUGCUGGCCACAUGACCCGGAAGCUGUACUCCGGCUCCCUCGGCCAAUAAAGUGAGAUGAGCGCCGCAACCCCAGAGUCAUCCGUGACUGGACCUAAUGGUCAGGGGUCGCUUUACCUUAAUAAUUGCCUUACUAAUUAUAAGAAGUACAGCCUUGUUACAUGCCGCCUUCCUUCUAAGAAGAUCAAGGCAGCAAGUAUAGGCUUAGCCAAUUUUGUCCUCAUUAACAACCCUAUGAGGUUGACUAGGCUGAAAUUCAGUGACUUGUCCUAAAACACCCACUGGAGUUUGUGGAUGAGCAGGAACUUUUGUCUGAAUGUCCAACACCAGCCUUUAUAUAAUCCUUGCAGUUGUGGGGGCAGGAUGGGAGGGAAAGUUUUUGUCAUGCGAGAGGUUUCUUUUGUUGGUCUGGCUUGUAGUGUUGGCCUGUCAUUCCUUGCUUUUUAGCCAGAACUUGUUGGUGACUCAGUGGGAGCUGGGGCAAGGCAGAGGCGGAAUGUAAAAGGUGUUAAGAUCCUGUGGGAGGAACCAGAUAUCACAAUUCUGGUUCAGAAACCACAUUAGGCAGCUAUACAAAGCUUCGGGGAGAAGGAUAUAAAAGGUUAAGGAAGGCCUAACUCUUCAAGAUUGGGGGAGAGACUGCCUUUCCCUGGGGGAUUGAGGAAGAAGGGGUUGUAGCACUGAGGGCUGUCUUGUCACCAACAUUAUUAUUUUUAGUCACUUUAUCAUUUAAAUUCAUAUAUUGCAUACGUGCCAAAAUGGCUUCUAAGAUGUUUACAACAAUAAUAAUAAAAAAUCAGACAUGAUUAAAAUACACAAGAAAACAUCCUUCAUUAAAAUAUCCAAUGAAAUAAGCUACUUGAAAAGCAUAACAAUUCACACAACAGGCUCAGAAGGUCAAGUUCAGAGGUAUGCUUGCCCUAAACAGAGCCGGUGGCAUGCCAGUGGUGAUGGGCAGGAUGGACUUAGCAGAAGUUAGGGCAGUAGUAAAGAGUGUGAGUGCAAGGGAGAGACUCUCUGAGAUUUGUGACAACUGGCUGGCUAAAUCCCUGCUUUAUAUACCUGACAUUCUUGUUAAGUUAAGAUUGUGACACACAAUCUUAAGAGCUCCCGUCUGCAUACCAGGCGACCAACCGGAAGUUCGACACACUCCCUGUCUUAUUGCUGCUGUGGGCUAAGUGGAGCUUAUGCUUAUCUCUUCAUUCUGGGGGUCAUCUUGUGUAAGACGUUCCUUGAACUAUUAAAGAUUCCUGGGGAGAGAAAGAGGGUGCCAUUCUUCCCCUUGUGGUAUGCAUGCUACUGUUCUCUUCUCUUCUUCUCUUCCAGAUCUAUUGUACUUGUGUGUGCUAGAGACCCUGCCAAAGUCAUGGGAACCUCUUUAAUGCCUGUGUUCACCACGUUAGGUUCUGCAAAGCCAAUUGCGUUCCACAAAAAAGGUGACUAUAUGAAUUAUGUGACUUUACAUAUGGUGAAAUACAGUGGUACCUCGGGUUAAGUAUUUAAUUCGUUCUGGAGGUCUCUGCUUCCUGCUACUUACCUAGUUCUUGAUCCACAAAAGUACUUUGUCUCCUAUUCCAUGACUUCUGGAAGCAGAGAGGAAGAAGAAAUGGACAAUACUCCCAAUGGAGGAAUGUAUAAUGUGUCUAGAACAUGGAUUGCUUUUUAACUUGUUUGUAAAUGAUCUCAUGCUUUAAAAGAGGAUUAUACAAAUUCAUGGAGGAUGAAUGCCUGCUAGCCAUGAUGGCCUCCAGAGUCAACGACAAUGUGUUUCUGAAUAUCGGUUGCUGGAAACCACAGGAGGAGAGCGCUCUUGAACUCAGGUCCUGCUUGCAGGCUUUCCUUGGGCAUCUGGUUGGCCACUGUGAGAACAGGAUUCUGGACUAGGUGGGCUGCAGGCCUGAUGGAACAGGUUUUUCUUGUGUUAGAUGUAUGGUGCAGAUGUAGCCUUUGUCACCUUCCAUUUAAAAAAAUAAUAAUUUCAGUAUAAUGGGAAAUUCUGUAGUUCAGAAGCAAGUAUGUAAGAAAAGGUGACAUGGGCUUUUUGUGGUUGUGGUUCAGUAUUGAUCCUAUUUAGUGAAAACCAUUUCCAAAGUGCAUGGAGAGCAUUUUUAAGUGACCUUUUAUUCUUCACUGCUCAAGGUUAGAAACAGACGUUUCGGGAAAUCAGACACAUGUCCUUGUUCAGCUGUAUCCUUGAAGUUGUUUUGGUAGAGGCUCGUUUUCAGACCCAAAAGGAACAGAUAAGUUUCAGAUUACUCCAGAUGGAAUUGGCUAGCCUUGACUGCCGGGUACUUGACGAUGAUGGCUGUCACUGCUGGCUUCAGUGAAGUGAUUAUUCCAAGGUUUGGUGCCACACUGGUUGCACUCGGCUCCCCAAAGGUAAACCAGAAGAUGAGGCUUGAUUUGCUGAUUCAGAUAAAGUCCAUCUAAUAGACAAACUGAUGCCUACUGAAGUUCCUAAGUACAGCAUGAAGGCAAUGGGUCUCCCCUAUUUUGUUGUUGUUUAGUCGUUUAGUCGUGUCCGACUCUUCGUGACCCCAUGGACCAGAGCAUGCCAGGCACUCCUGUCCUCCACUGCCUCCCGCAGUUUGGUCAAACUCAUGCUGGUAGCUUCGAAAACACUGUCCAACCAUCUCGUCCUCUGUCGUCCCCUUCUCCUUGUGCCCUCAAUCUUUCCCAACAUCAGGGUCUUUUCCCGGGAGUCUUCUCUUCUCAUGAGGUGGCCAAAGUAUUGGAGUCUCAGCUUCAGGAUCUGUCCUUCCAGUGAGCACUCAGGGCUGAUUUCCUUAAGAAUGGAUAGGUUUGAUCUUCUUGCAGUCCAUGGGACUCUUAAGAGUCUCCUCUAGUUCUCUGUGAUGGAGGUGGCAGCAUGGCAGAAACUUAGUGCCCCAUUGCAGAAUGAACAGGGGCAGGGGCGGGGGCUCAACUAUAUCAGGGCUGAACUUCAGCACAUUUCAAAGCGAUACCUAAAGAGGGAUACCUCCCUUCAGACCAUUAAUAAGAGUCUAAAAUGACCCAGCUGCAUCACUGUUCAGAAAUACACUGAGUACAUUAUCAUGUCACAGUAAACCUUAGAUAAUGGCUUGCUGUGAACGUGUCAGUCUUGCCUGCUAAUGAGAAACAAGUCACUACCCCUGACUUACUGUUGCACCCAAGCUUGGGGAGUCAGGAUUAUUUUACUCAAACAAGCCAUGAUCUGCAAACUAGGCAUAUUCUCAUAUUACCUUACUAGGUGGAACUGAAUACAGGAGUAACUCAGGAAAGUAAGUGCACCUUGGCUUUUAUAAUAAGGAGGACUCUCUUGUCAACAACUCACUUUCCAGUCUAGUCCCCUGAAGAGUCAGGAAGUUGAAGUCCCUUAUCACUAACCUGUGUCCCGUCCGUCCUGUCCCCGUCCCCGUUGUUGGACUACAACUCCCAUAAUUCCUGACUACUGACCUUGCUGGAUGGGAGCUGUAGUCCUACAACAUCUGGAAAGCCACAAGGUCCCUACCAUUGCUCUAAAGCUACAAAACCGUUUAGGGCAAGCCUUAGAUAUCUGUGUCGUUUAGGAACCAAAAGCUGCCUCUUCAUCUCUCUGCUUGUUCCUCAGGCCAAACUGCAAAGAUAUGCUGAAGCAUCCUUCUCUGGCAUUCCAAUCUGCAGCGCUUUUUCAUUUGAAGUUCAAGUGCAUAAGUGGAGUACAUCCCAGGGGUCAUGUAAGGACAAGGACAUGUUAGGCCCCUCACUAUUGCAGUUGGAGAAAGGGGGUGCAGGGUUUAGUUUAAUUUUCUGAGUUUUUGUUUUGUUUUGUUUUCAUUGCAAAAUAGGACUGGGCGUUCAGUUUGAAAGGGAUGUGAUAAAUCUGGCCUGGUGUGCAAGCAAUGCCUGCUCCUGUAUUAUCCUUUUACUUCACUUGCCUUUGAACACCCUGAAAGCUGUUUUGCUGGAAUCUGUUUCGAGAAGCCAGGCUGUGUGUCAGUAGGACUCUUCCCAGGCUGCAGUUGUACAGCUGGAAAUUGCUUGUCUUUUCAUAGUAACAGACUCAGUAAGACCAAUCCGUUCAUUCUGUAAGCAUCUUUAUAAAAUAUCCCAGUGAUCUCCCAACAGGUCAGAAAAAUGGUGCUUUAAAUGGUAUUUUGUGCAAAGGUAAUUGGCAUAUAUGCCUUAUUGCACCUUGAUUUUUUUCCUACAGGAAUUCAGUUGAAGAAGCAGGCAGGCGAUAUAGCCAAAUUUCACUUCUUUUUCCUUUUUCUUGUAAAAAUUGUAACACUCUUUAAUUGAUAAUGCUUUCAGUCAGCCAGCUGCCUGUGGUUCAGCUUAGUUGCUUAAGAGGUCAACAGUGGACUUGGAUUUUGUUUCCAGUCAGAGAUUAGUAGCGUUGUUUUGCUUUUUGAUUCUGUGGUUUUCAUUAGCACCACCCUUGGAAAGCUGAUGCUAUCGAACAAGAACUUCAGACUGAAAUUCGGCCUGAAGUUUACUGUCAUAAUAAGGACGGAUGAAUCUGUUGGUUUAGUUUUUUCUCAGUUUUAAGUUCAGUUUGAUGCAUUUCCACACUGGCUUGCAAAUUUAUUUAUUUAUUUUAAAGCCCUCAGGAAAAUUUAUCAGCUUUUUGACCCUAAUAAAUUCAUUUUUGCAAGCCAUUUCCCCUAAUAUAAUGCAUUUUUUGUGUUAUUUUCACAAAUGCAGUGCUUUUUUUCUGGAGGAACACAGGGGUACACAUACCCCUAAACAUUUUGUGAAUCUAACGGGAGAAGAAACUAAUUUUCUUAAUUUUUUUAGUUUCUUCUCUAGCACAGUGAAUUGUCAAUUCCAUUGCUACCCCCGAUGGCGGCCUCAUUUCCUUUCACGGUGCUUCCUGAGUCCCAGAUGGAAUGAGAGUACCCCUAAACAUUUUUAAGCGAAAAAAGCACUGCACAAAUGUAUUCAUGCUUUGCCCUAGUAUAUACACUUUUCUUUCUCUUUGCAGCGCAAGAACAGCAUUGCAAAAUUCAGAGAUGAGCUAAUUCCGAAGGGCAAAUAUGUUUCAGUCUGCAUAACUUUGGGAAGUGUGCAUUAGAUAAGUUUACCUUAAAAUGCGAACUGAUACAAACUUCUCCCCUAUGCCUAACUUAAAAAGUAGUCAUGCUGAAUUGCCUCUGUCAUAUUGCUGAAUAGUUUAGGCACAGAUGAGCUAAUUUUGCUCCUGGCCCUUAUUGAUCGCCAAGCAACUGAUUGUCCUGCUUUUGCACUUGUGUGCGAGUUGUGCAUUCCUACAGUAUUUGGCAAUACAGUAUUUUCCUUUUGUAGUGAGAAUACAGAGUUUAGUUCCUGGUGGGGUGGCGAUUAGAAAACACAUUCACAAAAAAUGCCUUUGUAAGCAAAAGGCACUGGACUUGUGCUAGGCGAUGCUUUCCUCAGCAGUGCAUAAAUUCCACAACACGGUGUUAGUGGGGCAAUGUCACUCACGACUCUGAGGGCGCUUGGAGGAGGGACCACAGAGAAGGGGUGUUUAAACUUUCCCCAUAGUCCGCAUUCCAUCCUAGACAAAUUCCUGUCUGGAUCAUCACAGUCAGGCUGAUUAAAAACCCAUCCCCUGCCAGUUUGAAGGUGUGUGGUGGUAUUUGCCCUCACGCUUGUUAAUUACAUUGUCCUACACUUUUGAAAAGGGCUGUCACAUUCCACAUUCGAGUGAUAAUGGGAGGAGGAAUGCUUUCUGUAUAAUUACAAAACCAGGUUUUCGCCAUCAGUGGAUUCGUUAGGCUUAGGUUGGCAUCCAACCAAUAUUUGCAGCGCAGUUGCGGCAACCUGCCCUUCCCUUAGGAUCCUGCCCCCCUCCCUGCCAUCAUGCGCUGGAGUUCGUAACAGAGGUCCAAAUAUGCAGAUCCCAUUGAACCGUGGGAUUUUGCAAUGUUCCAAUCAUAUGAAUUCUGGCCUCUUUGGGGUAUGGUGGAUCAUUUGCAAGUUGGAAAUCCUAAUACAGGAACAACAGGGAAGGCAGGGAAGUGCUGACCAAAGCAAUCCUGAUCUCCCUCUGUGCUUUGGCACACAGCUGUCUUUCAAAACCUCUUUGUCAAUAAGUAUCCCGAUUUCAGUAGUGUGUGAAGUUCUUAGCAUUAGCAGUCAAAGACAUCUAGGUAUACUUUCUCCUCUGGAGGUCUCUGGGGCGAUUUCCUACCUCUCAAGAUACCCAUGUGAUAUACGAGAAGUUCAUGAUAUCAUGUUGCAAUUGUGGGGCACUCUUCUAGAGAAGAGUCCUUGUAAGUACAUUAGGCUACUGAGUGUGGAGAACCUGUGCUCCUCCAGGUGUUUGUGGACUUCAACUCCCAGCUAGCAUGGACCAUGGAGGAUGGGAGAUGGGAAUCCAACAACAUUUAGAAGGCCGCUGGUUCCCCAGCCCUACAUUAGGCAAAGCAUCGGUGAUAGCCAUACUUGUGUUGUAGGCCAUUGUGUGAAAGACGUUUUGGUCCCUCUUCCCAAUUUAGUUUGGGAAUGGGACAGCAUCUAAGCAACUCAGCAUCUAGCAACUCAGUCUGCUAACAGCUGCAUUUAUAUCCAGUAAACCAGGGCUGCAUUCAACUCCAUUCUUGUGCUAGCACAAUGGGAUUCUUCCCCACAGGUGCACAAACCGCUAUGAGGCAGAGACGUCCCAGAGCCGUUCUCAAUGUUGGGCGUGCUGGAGGCAGGCCAGCUGAGCCAAGCAUGGCACAAACUCCUCCUGAGUGUGAGAGAGGAGGAGCUGCCAGCCAUUGAAACCUCACCAUGCUGGGCUCCAUGCUUGGUCUCCUCCUGACAAUACAACAUUGUGUGUGCACCAGGUCCCCUCAAUCUUGAGCACAAGGCAGCGCCUCUGUUCCCCACUUUCCCCUCCCUGCUCACACCCCAAAUCUUCCCCAAAUCUGCUGUAGGGGGUUUGAGGAGCCCUCAGAACAGAUUUAGGGGGUGUGAGUUGGGUAGGAAAGCAAGUUCCGCUUUGGAGUAGUUAGGUGAACACUUUAAAACAGAAACUAAACAUAGCUCCACACCAGGAACAGGAGUUUCUUCACGUUGCCGCUCUGCGUUUAAACGUAAGCAACUAUAGCAGUCAGAAAGGGAGGCAGACCAAACAAGUAGCCUCCACUGUAGGAAAGCCUGUGGCAAGAAGCUUUCCAAAAAGUAGUAGAAAGCCGGAUGGCCUUAAGACAUGUGCCAUGAUGUCACUACAUUAGUGCAUGUCUUAGCCUCUGGGAAAUUCCCACUGCAGGCCUCUCUGAUUGGUAGUGGCAGGCAAGCUUCAGAUUUGGCAUGCUUCUGUCAGAGGAAAAUUAAAAACAAACCAGAAAUGUUGGAUAACUGCUGCAUAUAUAAUCAGAUUAUCAUAUGUGACAGUUUGAGAUGGUUUCUGGGGCUGGUGGGCCCCCUAGAGUCUUGUGGGUCCUAAUGCACACACCCCAGAUGGCCAGCAUCCACAAGUGGAUAUUUAAUUAGUAAAUAAAUGAGUACGUAAAUAAAGAGUGCCACUCAGAUGUUAAGAAAUUUCCACUAAUACUGGGAUGAAAGCCAGUGUGGGCAAUGGACUGGUACAGGAAUUGGUAUGCAAACUUAAGAAUUGAUUCACUAGCACCGGGUACGUUUAUUCUGUCUGCAGUGGCGUAGCGUGGGUUGUCAGCACCCGGGGCAAGGCAAGUAAUUUGCGCCCCCUAACCCGUGGAUUUGCGCCCCCUAACCCUAACCCCCAGAUGUUGCGCCCGGUGCGGCCGGCCCCCCCUGCACCCCCCACGCUACGCCACUGUCUGUCUGUAUGAUUCCAUUCUUCAGAUUCUGUUCAGGGGCGCUCAGAUAUCAGAUCUGCAAGUUAACUGGCUUUAAGAAGCUAGGGCGGCAAUUAUGCUGAGCAAUGUCCAACAUGAGGGAUGUUUAAAGUGUGUGCAUGAGUAUGUGAUAUGGAACCUGUGUCUGCUUUUGUCAAUAGCUCCUCUCAGAUGCAUGCAUGUAUUCAAAAAGGUAAAUAGAAGUUGGUUGUCUUAAUAUUUUGGUCCUGCUGUAAAAUAAGGAUUUUCUGCUUUGCUGUAAUAAAUAAAAUUUGUAUCCCUUUCGGUUAUGAUCAACUAAUUUUUUUAUUUGGCAAUAUAAAAGAGUUAGAGGAUACAGAAAUGAUAAUACAUCUCUUAACAGUUGCUAGCAUAAUAAUAUGCCACAAUUUUGGGUGUGGUGGGGGGAAUAUAAAGCCAUUGCUAAAGGAUUGGAUUUAAGGGUUUGAUAGCUGGUUCAUACAAGAGUUAGGGGGAAGUAUGCAACCUGUUUAUUUAUUUGAAAAACUGAGUUCUUUUUUUUAUAUAUAUAUAAUGGCAUAAUAAGUUAGAGGAAUACAUCUCUCUUAGUGAUAAUAUGAACGUAUCAUGUAAUGGUUUUAUAUCCAUCUUUAUGUCUAUGUAUUCUUUACUGUUUUAUUUAUGGGUAUGGACUUUUUAUGGAUCUAUUGUAUGCAUUGUUGUUUUGAUAUUUUCUCCUUCCAUAAAUACGAACCAUUGUAUUUAUUAUGAACUAAAACACAAGGUUUGAAGAAAGAAAAAAGUUGGUUAUGUGGAGAACAAAUCGGUUAUUGAUAGUUUUUUCAAGGAAUUUGAUCAAGACUGCACAGGAAUUUGGAAAAUCUAAGAUUGCAAAAAUUGUAAGGAUUAUUGUAGGUUAUUUGCUUAACGGUCUGAUAGUAAUCGCUUCCAUUCUCCCCAACUCCUUUUCUCUUUCUCUCUCUCCCUCCCUCUCCCUCUCUCUCUCUCCCUCUCCCUCUCUCACUCUCUCUCACUGUCUCUCUCACUCUCUCUCUCCCUCUCCCUCUCUCACUCUCUCUCACUGUCUCUCUCACUCUCUCCAUCCCUACAGGUAGUUUUGCGAUGCUUGGAUAUAAAGGAAACCCCACGCCCUACUGGAUUAAAAUCCACAACCACGCUGCUGAUCAGAAAUCCGCUUCUCUCCAAUAUUACGUGCCCCUGAUGUUGAGAGAGUACAGAUGCUCAGUUGAUGCAACAAAACUUCAGGACUUUGUGAAAACCGAGGAAGGCAAAACUCCACAAAGGCUAGAAAACAAACACAACUGA